UUCAAGUAGAAGAAUUUGCUCAAAGACGAAAACUCCUACAACUCCUAACUUAACUGUCUACACACACUUCUUGUGGAUGAUUUUCGUCUCAGGAGAAAGUUUUAUCACUUGUAAUGAUCCACAGUAGGAAAUAAAAAUGCGAGAAGCAGUUUCAACCUCAGUCGAAGAAAAAAACACCUAGAAACUGAUAUCCUGUAACUGCAGACUCAGGCUUGACUCGUUCACCUGGAAGCUGCUGAGAGACCCGUGGGUGGUCCUCGAACCCCGCUUUGGAAACGACCCCACCUCAGCCUCCUCCUCAUGAAGCUUUGGAGUAGAAAAGUCAGCGCUCCUGUGAGCUCAGGUCGACUUGUUUUACUCCUGCAGAGGUGGAGUGUGGAAAUAUCUGCUCAAGAAAAGCAAAAACCGCAGCACAGGUGUGUCGGAUGAAAGAAAAGGUAAGCAGGAACAGAGAGAUGCAGAGGGAAUGUGUCACUGUUACACCUUACAUUCAUUCACUGAUGACCUGCUUAAAAUGAACAAUAGACUACAUUUUACAUGAAUGAGGAGUGUGAUUAAAGGUGCACCUAUGCUUUUCCUGACUGCUUGACGGGUUUUUAAGUGUGUACUUGUUUAAAGUUUCCCACAUUUGUUUCUCUGGACUUGUACCUUUCACAUGCUGUGACACUGCUAGGAAGCCAUUGGACAUUAUCCGGUGCAGCUCGGAUAAUAAGUUUUUGUGAUGGAGUGGCGUGAGCAGUCUGCUGUCAGCUGUGAUGAAGCCUACUUGGAGGCGCAGAAGUGGAUAGAGGUGAGUGAAAACAUUUUAUUUCAUUAUCUUUCGAAACAGUUUUGGCAGGGUUUUAGCUUUGGAAUCGUUGGAAAAAUGUUCAUUUAAAAAAAAAAAUCCCAUUUGAAAAGAGUGUUGUUUUAUUGUUUAGUCUCUACCCUCAUAGAUAAUGGGUGAUUUGGCUAUUCAAAGUUACCGAGCAAGACCAUCAUGAUUCUAAACAGGCUGCAAAACUGAGGUUUUUCUUUCCAAAACAUCUCUCUAUUCACUUUAACUUGUUUGUGUUACGCUUACCUUCCCUCAAACUUAGAAUAAAAAUCUGCACAAACAAAUGCAUGAUGAGAACUAUCACCCUUGAUUUCAAGUCUCAGGCUUCUCACAAGAUAAGAUCAGACUUGUUAUUUCAUUACAGCAGCUAUGCACUCCUCCAAGCAUUCAAGUGUUGUCAUUUAGGUACAGGUAAAUGAAUUUGAGCCCUGUCGUCAUAGUUUUCUCUCUGUUUCCUAUGAUAGAUCUUGCCCAGACCUGCUCUAAACCUUUAUAUGUUUCCCGGGGCUGUUACAGUACAUUAGUGAGCAUGUAAUGUGGAAAUCUGUCAGGCAGUUUGCUUUGGUGUCAUAAAAAUAUAAUGGGAAUUGAUCAAUCCAGAUAAAUAACUAACUGGGCUCAGUUUUUGUUUAUCUCUAUAAUAUGGUGAACUCUCUGCUAUGUGAUCUGAAAUGUUAAUGAUUAAUCAGAAACUUGCAAAUUUCUUGUGAAUGUGUAAUUUUAGGUAAAGAAGUGCUACUUGUAUGAUCAGCCGUGCAAAAAAAGCUUCCAACCUCUUGAAAAACUUUCCAUCAGUCCCUUUUCAUUGCCAUAACGUUACAUUAUGUUAAGUUUCCAUCCCAACCUCCAGAUUCUUAUUCUUUUUUCUUUUCUUUACAAGCAAGUGGAUUUAAUGUUUUCCCCUUUCUCAAAUUCUCUCCCCAGCAGGGAGGCGUAGAGUUGCGGCAUGGCUGUAACUAAACAAAUAUUGUUCUAAUUUCAUGAGGGGUGAAUCUGAAUGUUUGUGAUGUGACAUCAGUGUCUCUCACUCUCGCACACUGGCCCAUUGUGGUGGCUCUACCUCGUGGGCUACGAAGGGGGGAGGAAGAUUAGGGGGGAGUGAGGAGGAAUCUGAAUAGGUGAAGGUAUGGGCUGAUGGAUUAGUUUAUGAACUGUUUAGAUAUGAGAGGUCUGGCAUUAUGGGAGUAAAAAAAUAAUCAGAGAGUGAGUUCUGGCACAGGGGGGACAGUUUCCCUUCAAAGAGAACACUUUGUGAUUAUUGGAUUCUGCCCCUGAAUGAUUAACAAGCUGCUGGGCUUCACGGCACUUUAAACAGUCGCAUGUGUGCAUGGCGAGGUUGGUGGUAUUGUUAAAACGAAAUGGUCUGGAGCCUGUCACAUGGACGCAUUCCUGCAUUAGCUGCCAUGGCUGUGAACAUAGUUCCCCUCAGAGCUAGCCAGCUGUCAGCACAGGGCGCCGCGUCCUGCAACCACAGGCCCGACGUGAAUAAUAGAGGUCCUUGUUAAUUGAACAGAAAGGCUGUAAGUGUGACUGUUAUGACCGUCAAGAACAAGUGGCAGUGUUGAUGCUAACCAGAGGUCAGGGGAGCGUGCAUAUAGCCGCCUGUCAACACAAACACAGCCGGUUAUGAAUAAUUAGUAUGCUUUUUUGUCACAUUUCGCCUCUUUCAAAGCAAAUGUAGGUAAUUAUAAUGGUAAACAACGAGCAUGGAUACCAAUGCCAGGAGCAUCAUGCCAGUUUUUCUGGUCUACAGCUCGUUCAAAAAGCCUCCAAUGAGGAAGGUGUUCCUCAGAAUGCUCGGAAUACCUUUUGAAACAGGUUUUAGGUAGAGUUUCACUACAGCCAUCGACCUAGUUUGAGGUCAUGUAUUGACAAUCACUUUAAUCCUUAACCUCUAUCAGAUUUCAGCUCUAGGUUUGAUCUCAUUCCCAAGCAUUUUUGUGUUCGGCUUGUUGAAACAGUCUGGAUUUAAGCAACGAAUCAAAGGCAACAUAUUCCCCUAGAGAAAAUAAAUUCUGAAAUUCACACAGUAAUGUCUCUGAAUGCCAAAAAUGAUUUAUAAGAUUUAUAAUUUCGAUGAUAUUUCUUUAUAAUGCCUUUCACUACUGUGUGGGGUAAGUGUCAGGCAAAGCUUUUUACGCAGAACUAAGGGUAAAAAAAAUGCUCCCCUCUUUUUUUCCUCAACUAUUCUUCAUGAUGAGUGACUGUUUGGAAAGCAAGAUGACUUUCAAGCGAAUAUUACAGAGCAAGCUCUGCAAAGGAUCGAAGAGGUGUCACUUUGUCCACAGGGGGCGCCAAAAUCAACACAAUCAGAAAGUUUGUCUCUGCUUUUUUUUUUUUCGUACUGGCACAUUUCUGAGAAUAUAUGGUCAUAAAUGUUGCCUCAGCAUAUGAAAUAGUUGUGGAAAUGCAUUGUCAAGAAUAGGUACAAACCUUGUUCGGGUUUCAUCUUAAAUGUAAGGGGAGACAUUCAACAAGGAAUAAACAAAGUAAGGAGUUCAAAUAUCCUUUUUUUUACCUCUUUUAUGUUAGGGACAGAUGUUGCCAUCAAUUUUAAGAAUACCCUCUAUAAAUCCAAACAUUCUUUAAAAUGUUGUAGUCAUUACAGAUCAUGUUAGUAUGUACACAAUACACAACAACAUGAAAAACUAUGGACUUAGAGUGCACAGUAUAAUCAACAAAAAACAAAGCUUUGCGCUAAAUAAACAAAUCAUCAUAAGAAGUCAAACCACUUUUUGUCUAAAUUUGAGCAAAAUUACUGUGAGGGAGGGUAGGAUGUGUUGCUAGGUGGUCCUUUUUAUAAAAGAUGCCUAUUUACAGCAGCAGAAUAAAAGAGAAAGAUCCACAAGUCCUGUUGUUAAGACAAACUAACUUCUACUCAGCAUCAGUUAGUUGAUUUGCUGCCUGAAACCUGGAGGUUGAUUAUUUUAAAACGUCUGAAUAAAGACUUAAGCUUGGCUUGAUAUCAGUGUUAUAGACCAUGUUUUUGUAUCCUCCCCCCUUCAUUAACCCCAACCCAUUUAAAACUGGAUCAGUGUUGUUUGUUUUUCCCGUAUAUUUGUUCUAUAACUUGUUGGUCCUGCUGCCCUCGACCCUCAUGAAUGUCUUUCCGUGACCCCCGUUGCUCUGUAUCUGCGUUGUUGUUCAUACCAGGAUCUGACUGACUGGACCGAUCAUUAGUCACCUCACUGUAGCUCCAUUCUGUUUCUUUGACUGUCUUGAUUGAGAGCAAUUAGAAAGUAGGACACAUGCAUUCAGAUGAACUCACGUGAAGCAAAAACCUUGCACAAGAAGCCAUUCACCCGCUGAUACAUGUUGUUUUACCCUCAAACUUGGAUUGUGUUACCCCCGAUGGUAAAUUUUUCUUGUGCUGGAAAUAUUUGUAUAGUGUCCCAGCUGACCUCUGAUGACCCCUGUCCUGCGCAGAAGAAACAAAGAAUUUUGGGAACAAUUAGUGGUGGGGGGCUGCACCCGCACAAACCUUGAAUACUGAUUUGCCUCAGUGCCCUGCAUGAAUAAACAAUAGCUGUGGUUGCGAACCCACAGACUCCUUGAUUCUACCAAGACACCAUUCUUGAUUCACUGCAAUGAUAACAAUUAAUUUCACAUAUGUUUAGAAGCACUUCAGCUCUGUAGAUCCCUGUAUAAUUUUUGAGAAGUUGCUGCGGCUCACUUCAAACCCUCAUUGAAAUGAGCAAACAAGCAGCUCUAUCUAAAAAAUAAUGUAGAAAUGAAAUAUAACAAGUUAUUUUCAUAUCACAUAUCACAACUUUUUGUGUCAUCUUAUUGCAAAAAAAGAGUUUUUACCCAAGAGUUUGAGUAACACACUUAAAAAGGUGUAGUCAUGCCACAUCCUAUCAGUUUCAGUUUGUUUAAAAGUUUUAGUGUUUGACUUAACCCCCUAGUGUAGAAAAAUGGGUUUAUUAUGGGAGUGGAAGAACACGCAGUUCCUCCAGUGUCCACUGGAGGCCAGCUGUAAAGGCCCAUAAUGGUGUGCUUAAUUUUAUAGUAAAUUAAACAUGUCUACAGUCUGUUUUGGGCUCUAUAGCUCAUUUAUUUAUGCUCAAAUGUUCUACUAGAUUCAUUUGACCCCCCUCAGCUCCAUCUCUUUGCUGAUUUUAAGAUGAGCUGAAAGCAUCUACCUGUCUAAAUGGAGUUAACUUUAAGUCAUUAUGUACUGCUAUAAAAGGAUCCAAGCACUUCUUCACUUAACUUAAAGAGCUUUGGCUUAAUUUUGGUGAUAAAACUUACUAAAUUAAAUGCCAGAUUUCACUCACAGUUAAGUACUUUUACACUGUGUCAUAAAAAAUGUAAAAAGGUUUUACAUUUUAUCCAACAAAUCACACAGUCUUUUCUAGCUCAUAUGACUUCCUUUACAGUGUGAAGACCUGAGCUUGUAUUUUAUUAUGAAUCAUUAUUAUGAUUCAGAACAAUAUCUUUUUUACCACACAGUUGUUACAGCCCAUCUCCUUUAGUGUACAUUUUGUCAUAUAUGGAAGUACACACCUGCCUCCUCCUUCUCCUCUCCCUGCUCUCCUCUUUCAACAUGUGGCUUCCUGAUAGUUUGCACCACUGUAUCACAACAUAUUGAAGAAACGGCUGUCAACCAUUCAUCUUAAUUUGAGUGGCAACUUCCUGAUACUCCCAAAGUUUCAUUCACAUUGACUCAGGCUGCUUAUGAUGAAGUACAGUAGGAGCUGUUUGAGGGGAGGGGUGGCACCCGCGCUCUGUUGUUUUGGAAGAGAGGAAAGGUGUGCUUGAUUUUACAUACAGGACAUCACAAGGGUGGGACACUCAGCAGUUGGCUCAAAAUCAUUCAGUCUUGAUAAUCUCAUUUUUAUGGUCGUGGGAAGCCAUAAUUGCAAUUGACAUUUAAAUCUGAUUAAGAUGUAAUAUCAGUGUCUGUAAAAAAAAAUAAGUUUAAUGGGCUUAGAUGCCAUGCCAUCAAAAUCUAUUUAGACUUUAUUACAUAAUCCAGGUUGUUAGUUUAAGCCUGUGCAUUAAUACUUUGACUCUUUACUGACUCAUAACAAAAAAUAGUACUUGAAUCUGGAAAAAAAUAAUGUUCCUGGUCAUUUAGGUUUACAAAGUAAGAACAUUUACAUCAUUAUGUACAUGCUCAGGUCUUUCACAAUAACCUCAAGUAUCUACAGUACAACCACCUGACUUUAUUUUGUGAUUUUUAUACACUGAGUAGGACUUUAAAAACUGAACUCUAUAAUGGAAUAAAAACCAGGGUAUCCAGGUGCCAUGAGUUGAAAAGAUUUAUAUCCUGUAAUGAGCCACAUUUCAAUCUUUUAUUGCAGUGGGUUGUCAUGAGACUCAGUUCUUCCACACGUUCAGCAGCACAUUCUUGAGGGGAGCGAGGGUGGGUUUUGCAGGAAGGCAAGCUGUUUUUGAAAAUCCCUGCCCCUGCCUUAAAUCUCCCUGUUAAAUCGGAGUAGCAGUAUGUUGCUGCAGAUUAGACUUGUUAUCCCUCAUGGCAGGUUCAACAGGAGAGACAGAGGGGAGGGGGCGCACAGCAGGCUGGAUCUGAGGGGAGUUAAUACCUCUAAUGAUGACGAUAGUGAGGAGAAAAGUAUUUUGUUACAGCCAGAUUAGUGCCAGGGAGGGUCCACAUUACACACACGGACAGGGAGAUAAUAUCUUGAUUACUCCAUUCAGUCUGCUCGGGUGAUGUCAUGUGUUAUCUUUUAGAGGAGAAACUUCAAAGUAAAAACCAACGAAGGCUGAAAGAAGUGAUCAAAAUGAUUGUGCUGCUUCCACCUCUAUUAUGUGCAAGCGUGCAUAUGCAUGUUCCUCCUGCCCCCACAUACACAGAACAGUAGGGGUCAGGAUUUCAUAUGCCAACUGCUGCAGCACUCGACUGAUUCUACACUCUGCUGUACAGACAGUUUACUCUGUGUGUUUGGUUGUUUGUCUGUAGCCUCAUAUUUCUUUGUUUCUUUUAUAUUUUUAAGUCCCAUGUUUUUAUCUGUGAAACCUACAAGGGUCAAAUUCUCCAUGCGUUUGAAGACAGAACUCUUUCCUAACUCUAUUUGAUCAUAUUUUGCAAACUUAAAUCUCCUAUUCGAUCUAUUCCAACAUUGUGUAAUCUCUAGGAAUGAUGGGUAUUUGAGGACACAGCCUUCUCAAGUUUCCCAGGGUGUGUCCUGAGGUGUAACACGGCCUUGUUUGAAAGUAAUAAUAGUGUCCCCUACUCAAUCUGUCAUUCCACCCAAUUACUCUGUAUCUAGCAUUUCUCGCACUACUCAAAAUGACAGCCUAUAGUUAGCGAUGAAGAGGUAAUUGUCCCGAACUUCCCUGGAAAUGAAAGGGGACAAAAGCUUUGAAACACAGUACAUCUGAUCAAUUUGUUGGUAAGACCAGUUAGGCCUGUUCUGCCAUAUGCACACACCAGUUAGAGAGCAAUUUGUUUACUAUCAGCCUUACUGUAUACUCACAGUGUAGCAUGUGUUCUCAUCCAUUAUGUUUGCCUACUGAGUUAAUAGAUUUCCUGGCAGACUAGCUCAAACACAUACAGAGGGUUAUAUGAGGUAAGUGAAGCUUCACACAACAGCUUUGACUUGAUAACUGAAUAAUAACUUGCCAGGUGUUUUUUUUACAUGCCUCAUCAAAAAUAGGCUGAAAGUUAAAUAUUAAGAUUGUAGUUACCCACUGAGCAUUUUUUGAUCUAAAAUAGGUGUAAUAAACAUCUAAAUGUAGCCUAGACGAGGGUCUAAAAUCAGGCUACCACAGGUCUAAAAAUGAGAAUUUUUUAGAAGUCUAAAUUUAGACCAAGUCUAAAUCUGGGCUAUAUCUAUACUACACUGUAUAUUGCUCAAUGGCUAUCAUAAUUAUUUUGGUUAAGUACUUGGAGAUCAGUUAUGCAACUCACAGUGACUUUUUGAAAUAAAUAGUCAUCGAAUAAUGGGUUAAAGUGCAACGUCUAAACUCAGUCUAAAAAUAUACAGAAUCUAGAUGGUUGAAAACUAGAUGCCUAAUAGCCGUCCAUUGCUCAGUGGGUAUAAACAAGAAGUGUUGCAGAUACCACACCAGAAAAGAUAAAACAAUAGUGUAAAAACCAGUAGAGGCUCCUGAAGUGCAACUAUCAACAAAGAAGUAAGAAUAAGAAGAACUUUAGUGACUUAAAUUAACUUUAUUCUAGUGUUAAAAUCUGCUCAAAAUACGAUAUAAAUAAGAGGUUUAUUAGAAACUGUUCAUUUGUUUUUUAAUGUAAGUAUUUAUGUUGUAUGCUCAUCCCCCAAUAGGUCAAGAAGUUGAUUGUGAAAGCAUAGAAAAACAACUAAAACAGAACAGGAAGCUGUGUUGAGGAGUGGCCUCCAGCGUAAAUGUGAUGUCCCAUGACAAAUAGGCUAAACACAUAAAGCAUGCAUAAAGACUUAAAGUGGUAGAUACACCACAGAUGAGUGCUGUGUUUGAAUUUAAGGUUUGUUUCUGUGUGUGUACUAUACAUCGCUGUGUGUUUUAAGUGAAUGAGGCUGCAUGUCUGUCAUGCAUGCAAUGUGUGUGUGUGUACAUUUCCCUGCAUAAAGACUCUUGGUGUCCCUGCAGUGGUGGUUUGAGAUCAUGGGAAAGGCAUGAAGCUGUAACACAGCGCUGUGUUCCUCCAGAUGCUGCCAUAGCUGCCUCUGCUGCUCCAAGACAGAUUUAGCACAGCUUUCACGUUUCCCAGCAACUUUUAGCGUUAAAGUGAGAAAAACUCGAGCCGCUGGAGAACUUCUGAGAAAUACCUGAAGAACUCAACUCUGUCCUGGAGACACUGUAGGAACUCAGGAGGAAAUACCUCUGACUUCCUCUGCUACUGUUCUCAACAUCCUACCUUUCUUCUCCAGCCUCCCCACCCUAGCGCACAAACACAAACCCCCGCCUCCCCUCCUUUACCAACCCCUCUCAGUAUUUUUCUCACUGUUCUGUAUCCUUUUUUUUUUUUUUCCAGGCUGUAACCAAGAAAAAAUUUGGGAGCAACGACUUCCGAUCAGCGCUGGAGAAUGGCGUUCUGUUGUGUGAGUAAGUACGCUGCUUUUUUCCCAGGCACCUCUCUCUUAAGCCACUCAUUCAUAUGGAAUCCCACUGCUCUGCCCCAGGUCUACGUAAGUGUCGCUGAUGUUUCCCAGACGGACCCCCUGCUGGGCCACUGUUUGUUUGUGAGCAAUAUAAAGUGAGCCACUGUUUUCUAGACAGCACAAUAGAGGCUGUUAAUAGUAGUUUUUUAAAGUUCUUUGCGUCUGAUCUGCCCUCUGUUGUUUUGUUUAAGAAAAUGAAGUGUGAUCUAUUUUUAAGAGGAGUUGUUUUGCAUGUGGGGCAGAUGUUAGAGAUCUGUGGACGGGGCAGAGUGCCAUCCUUACUCUAAUUUGAGCUGUGCAGUGAAUGGAAAGCUUCUUGCUGAAACCACAUGGAGGAGCGAGGGCAGCGUGCUUUUUCAUUAACUCAGCUGCAUCAAGAGUUCUGAUGAGCAAAUUUAUCUACAUGGAAAUGUUUUCAUUCAACGCCUGCUCUUCUAAGAGUUGCGGGUUGUUUUCGUGUGUGAGAGGGUUUGCAUCAUGUCUCUUUCUGCAUGUGUUUGCGGGCUACGCUGGUGGAUGGGACACGGUGAUGUGAUUUGCACGAAUCAGCAGGAAGCCGUAAUUACAAGCAGUCCAUGCAGAAUCCUCCAAACCUCUGUUGGCUUCGAUUCAGAGAAGACGCACUCCUUUCUGCUGAUCCGAGCCUGACUCCACUGUUUGCUCACUUGAAGAGAACAUCAGAGACACUUUCAUUCAGGGAGCUGUCUGUGUUUUCUCAGCAUGAGGAAGAGGAAGACAGAGAUUAAAUCGCUUUCACCUAAAAACUCAGCCUCCUGUCCCAUUGUGUUGUGGUUAUCUUAACAGCUUGGGGAGGUUUGUUUAGUGCAGGUCGUGCACAUGAUUAUAUCCUACUUGGCUUCCAGUGUGUUUGUUAUCUGAUGAAAUCAUCACAGCUCUCUAUUGUUUCACGGCUAAAUGACUUACUAAGACCGAAAUACCUUUUGCAUUCCUUCUUAACAUCUAUUGUCUUAACUCUCCUCAUCACACACAUCCACCUAAUCCAUCAGCUCAGAGUAAAAACAGCACAAAUAAGCACUUAACUUAUCAUAUGUUUCAGUCUUUUGUGAAGAUUGAAGAUUACCUCCUUUACAAACAGUAAACCUGUUUGCAGAUUUGUACAGAUUGGGAUCUUACUUGAAAAACGGUGUCACCCAACAGCAUUUUGAAAAUGCCAACCCAAGACAUUAUGUAAUGUUGUUUACUUGUUAGUAAAAACAAUUCAGUAAUACACAGUAUUGAUUAUGUAACACCUCAAAUGAGCCAUUUUAUAACAACAAUACUAAACUUCUAUUCAAGAGCUUUGAUGAAACUUUUGUUAAAAGGAAUUUCAGACUUCUGCUGGUGUUAGAGUAUUUUCACACACUGUCAUUAUUAAAAAGAAAAAUAUCUGAGCCCUUCCAUUGCUUGCAAUUUUAUCAGAAUUUUCAAGCCUCUGUCUUAGGCUUGUAUUUAAUGAUCAAACCGAUGAAGUCACUAAAUAAUUAUUCUCUCUUCUUUGCCUCUCUGUCUCAUCGUGCUCACUCUGUUCCUCUGCUGUACUAACACACACACCUUCUCCCCGCUCUGGCAGUGCUAUUCAUUUCCCCUCACUUUACCUGUGGCUGCAUUAAAGUUUGUACCAAUGUUGCACAAUAUGCUUGAAAAUACAGCAGCCCUCACUUUACAUACUCUGAGCUGCCGGUCCCUUGGUGCGUUGGCACACAGGGAGAUGCCCAGUCAUUGCCACGACUUCCUUUUCUCCUCACUCUCAAUACAAAAAUAAAAAUAAAGGCAGAACAUGAUCUGUUAAGGAACCGUGCAACACAGUCAGAGUUAGUAAAUGUUGAAUCUUGAUUAUCAUUAGAAACCAAAACUGAUAUUCAUCAAUGGGUCUUCACAUCCAGCAUCUGCGUUUGGUUAAGAUGUCCCAUAAUGACCAUUUCCAAGUAGCAAAGUGAUUUGCUAUGUGAUGUUUUUGCGUAUUUAGUAGUUUAAUGUUGUUUUUAGAUUGAUUAUCUAAUAAUUAUUGAUCCAUUUGUUUGUCUUGUCUUGCCAAAUAGUUACUAUUACUUUUACCAUCGCCUCUGCACUACACUCUCUGUGACUUUUCGGUAUAUUUCAGUGUGCUGCUUUCAGGCUGCUUCAGCUUCUGUUUCAGUGUGGUUAAAGUAUAUUGUCUGCACUUGAACUGUGGUAUUUUUGUUAUUCUAUUUUUAUGUAAUUUAAGUCCUGUGCUUCGUUGUCUGCUGCAGACCCUUUUGACUUAGGAGGAAUAAGUAUGUUAAUUUUAACCUAGAGCUGCAGAUCAACCAGGAAACAGGGGAUGUGGAGUAUUUAUGCGCUUUAAUGCACUCAGUAUUGGUAUCAAUGUACCAUAGAUAGAUAUUUUUUAUAUUUUUUCAUUUUUAAAAAAUUUCACCUCACAAAUCCAUUUUCCAUCCAUCCCACUGCAGUUUUCCUGAGUUUACCACUGCAGUGAUUUCAGGUCUGUCUGGGGUAAAUCCUGUAUAAGAGGGCAUGUUUAAGGAGCAAAGGACCUGGUGUGUUUACAUCAGGGUGCAGCACCGGCCAUUUACUAAACUGGAGCCAGGUGGCCACCAUUAAACAAAGUCGUAAACACACAACACCCAGACUUUAGCAACACUUUUUUGUUCAUUCCUUGCUAGUUAGAACAGUGGAGCCAAUGACCUGGUGCUUUCACUUAUCCCCUUUUCUUCUGUCUGAUGUUUUGUCUCUCUCUCUCUGUCUUUUGUCCUCAGUCUGAUCAACAAGAUCAAACCUGGUGUUAUCAGGAAAAUUAACCGGCUGCCCACACCUAUUGCUGGACUGGUAAGUCUUCCUCUUUUUUAAAGAUUUCUAUUUUCAUGACGCUUCACAGACACGUGUUACAUUUCAUCCUAGCCAACUUCACACGGCCUCCCCCCUUGUUAUUUCUGCUUCAUGUUCGCGCUAAAGUAAAAUCUGUUUAAUGUGUGAAGCGCAGCAGCACUGGAGUUGACUGGUGACGGAUCUCAGGCUCAGCUGCCAAUGAGAGCGAGGUGUUUGCCUCAGUGGUCUGUCGCUCCUCAUAUCCAUCCACGCUAAUAAGUUCAGUAAACGUGGAGCUGCUUGAAAGGCCAACAGCCGCAUUUGAGUGCGCCCUAACUAUGAUGUCUGCUAUGCUCGAGGCUGCAGUCAAUCAAAGUCAUCUAGACAAAAAGUCCUUGUGCAGCUCUGAUAAUGGAGUUUUUGACUGAGUGACAGGAGUUCAGAAGGCGGCAGACUUUUCUUAUAUAAUAACCAGUUAUUGAAUCAGUGUGUCAGUCUUUUAUCAGCAUUUUAGGCCUUUGAAUGUCUUCAAAUUUUCACCGGUUGUGGCUCAGUUGAGAUAAAUGUUUUGGGAGUGCCUGCAUACAAGUGGCUCAUGAAGUAAAGGGUUGAAAUCCCUACCUUAAACCCAUCCCUCACAAAGCCUGCUCUUGUGGGAGUAAUUGAGUCCAGCUGUCUGGAGGAAUUAUAGAGAACCCCAACCCUCCACCAGGCAGUCUGAGUGCGUCAGUGGGCUCAGAAACACUGUUUGGCAGGACAAUGACAAGUCAGGGGUAGGAAAAGCAGACUGGCCUUAGGGCUGGAUGUAGACGGAGAACAUUUGCAAUACCACACAGUGUACCAUCAUGUGUUUGUUAUGACAUAAAUAAAACACUCUUCCAUUUUGUUUUGGGCUGUUGGUGAUAAAACUGCAGGAGCACCUGCUGAGGUUAUGACGUAAACGCUCUACUCUAUCAUCCAGUAGUGCCUGUGUGGUAUUUCCAAGACUUGGACAAAAACCUAAAAACUACCUGAUCAUAAAUCCUCUCACAAAUGUGAAGACUCCUGGUUGGCUUACAGCAAUCAGUUACUGCCAACCACAUGGAGAAAAAUGAAGUUUUCCAAAGAUUAGUCACGUACACACUGCAGAGGGUGGAUUGUCUCGAUUACCCCAUCAGCCCCCAGUUUUAUAGCCACACAUCUAACUCUUUAUUUAGCAUUUAAUGUUUAUAUCGAGGGUCCUGUAAGGUUGAGUCCUCAAGUAUCUUGACAUCAGUAUUCAUUGUCCUCAUCAGUACUUCUGUUUUCCUGACUUUUUUCCAACAGGCUUAUUGAUUUGGCUUAAACGCCUCUAUGGAAUUGGUGAAUAUUUUUCUUUUUCAACAUUGACAGCUAUGUUAAACCCCCAGACCUAUUGUAAACAAAAAAAUUCAGAUGUUGACUCACAAGAAGGGUUUGUCUUGUUGUACUAUAGUGUUGUACUGGCAUGAUCCUCUCCUAGACCAGUGUAAAUGGUGCUUUCUUUGUUUGUCAUGUGAAAUCCCUUUGUAAACACUCUUCAUUAAUGCUUCAAUUUUUCCACCAUUACACUCAUAACUGUUGUUUUAAUUUUACUGUGUGAAGAACUUCAGCUCUCAAAUCAUUACCAGGCUUCAUCUCAGGAAAAGCAGAAAGCCCAGUGAGGAAUGAGAGGGAACGAACGGAAAUCUCUCUGGUUUUGUGGAAUAUUUAGCAACAUUGGCUCCAGACUGGGACUAUUCUUUGGCUUCACUUUUUGUUCAAGGGAAUGUUUCCCAUGUCAGCACACUUCCAUGCCUGUUUUCAAGCAACGAGAGAGUUGUGGGUUUGGGUCAUGGUACCCUUGGUUUGAGCCUGGUUCUGCUUUUACCAGUACUUGGCAAUAGGAGGACAGUUUUGCAUAAGGGCAGCCAGCUAUAUGAGCCUACUUGGCUGAAUCCAGAGGGGCAGAGUUAAAGAUGACUCCACUGGCCUCUGCCCACCAUAAAUACACUGUAAUUGACAUGGAGUUGGAUGUUCUGCAUACACCAACUCCUUGGUGGGUUGAAGCAGCAAUGGGAAGAGAUAAACAGACAGUUUCAGUGGCCCUUAGGGUGUCUUUACUUCUCUCGAUGUCUGUGUAAUCAUCUGUGUAAAGACAGGCAUCUGACCAUGUUUUGUUACUGUGUUUGCGUUGUAUGGGUGCAUGUUAUGACUGGAUCUGACUGCAAGAACAGGAGGCCUUUUAUUGGGUCUGUUUCAAGUAUUUCAUCUCUUUUGAGUUUGUUGUUGUAAAAACGUGUAGCCUGAUAUUUUAACUGUAGCUCUGCUUGGUGUAGGAAGCACUGCCAGGGGUCAUUUAAGGGUAAUUGCAGAGUGUGCCCAUCUACGGCGAAGAACGCAGCAGAAGAGUGACCACAUUGUGACCAAAUGGGACUGAGAUCCCUUUAGACCAAAUCAGAUACACUGAGAGUAAAAUCUUUCAGUUUCUUGGUGUGAAGCACUUAAAUCAAGGAGCUCCACUCAGCAUGAGAGGAUUAGAGGCUGCAUGAUGGGUACAGCAUAUUUAGCAGGAUUAUGUGCAAGCCCAAGUCAUCAUAACAUUCCUUUGACAUCAUUAUCUCUGCAUGCUCUGGGACUUACUGUUGGGGGGAGCUUUUAAUGUGUUCAUAGGGGCUCUUUUAAGCUAAAUGACAUUUAUACUACAGUGAUAUUAAGUCUGUCAUGUAGAUCUGAGGUUAGGGGGCUUCACAGGGGGAAGACAUUAUCCUGAAAAUGUUUGAGAAUCUUAUUCACACUGCGGCAAAAAGGGCUUGUGUCCACUGACAGCAUUUUUAUUGCACUGCUGACACAACUUCAGUGUCAGAACACUCAAGCAGAAAACAUACAAGAUCCUUAUUGAACACAUUCCGUAUUCGCUUUGUAGAGCAGCAUUAAGUAUCGCAUACAGGAUGCAUAUUUGGAGUGUAGCAGCAGCGUAGUGCAGCCCCGGUCAGCUGGGCUCAGUAUAGAGGAAACAACACGCUCACAACAGGUUGUUUUGCCUUUCUGUGCUCUAUUUUUUUGCUAAUUUUGAUAUCAUUCAGUACCAUAUGUGAAAAAGCAACGUGAUUUUACAGUUUUGGUUUUUACAGGUUUACUCGUGUUUGAUAAAGUAAACUAUGUUCCUUUAUGCUGUGCUGUUACCGUCAGACAGAGUUAGCAGCUAAAAGUCCUGUUGGCAUCCACAUGGAUCAGGGAUUGACCAUCGGAAUUUUCUGUGUGACUGAUAAAUCCAUAACCUGGAAGUAUUUCUCAUCUACAUGAACUGAUAGUCGGGAGUUCGCAUAUGGUGUUUUAUUUUGAAAUACCAGAUGACAUGCAUGCUUUGCUGCACUGAUUAGAAUGGCAACCUAUUUGCUGUGUGAUAUGCGACGCUGCUGCCCCGCUCCAAAGAUGCAUCCUGUAUGUUUUAUCCUUCAGUGAUGUGUUACAAAGAAUCUGUUCAGUGUUUCUUUUAAAUUGCUCUGCAUACCUAUGUCUUAAGUCAAUAACAUUUUAGAAAAUUAACAUGAAAACAAUUGAAAGUAAAUGUUUCACACCACCAGCAGCAGCUCCAGACCUUGAAAUUGUUCCCUCGGGAAAACAAGUGUGAUUAGUUCCUCAUCUGGUUUUCCAAUAGUUGGACCAACUCAACUCAGAGUGAGCACUGAGAGUUCUGCUGCACUGAGAUUGAUGAGCGCUAAAACAAUAAACUAAAAGUGUUUUUUCCUAUGAAAAUGGAUGCUGCCAACACAAAAAAUGCUGUCAGUGGACACAGGCCCUAAAGCUUAACAGUGUCUCUUGAUCUGCAUUCCUUCAGAAUAUUAAUAGCAUGUCUAGUUUUAUGCCAAUACAACUUACCAGAUAAACAGUAUCAGAGACCUAUAGCUAAUACAGAUAAGUACAUUCUAACCCUUACACAGUGUGCUAAUCAGUUAACAGCUACAAUUAUGAUAACAACUAUGAUAAACACAAGAGGACUCUGCUUCACAAUAAGGAUGAGAAUCUAGUGAAGAGUUGUAUGUCAUUCUACCCUUUUACUAAUGAGUUUCAUAGCCUCACACAUGGCUCAUCAUGUCCUCCACAGGCCAAGAUAGAAGAGACUAAAAAGCAGCACAUGUAUAUAUCAAAUUCUGCUGUGAAGUUUGGCUCUAUAACCCAGGGCUCAAUUUUUGAGUCAGCCUCAGGUGGCUGAAAAAGAAGCUGCAGUUUUUACACUUGAAUGUGUCCUUAUUUUACAACCCUGGAGGUUGACAUGUGAGUAUUGUAGGGGUAUAAAUCUUAUGUCUGUUUUGUUAUUUUUUUUCAUACCUGGCACAGACAACCUGUACAGUUACGACAGAAGUAAUGUGGUCUGUACAGUUUUCUCAGCGAUCAUACUAAAGUGAGGAGUGGUGAACAAGAUGUGACGUAUAGUUUAUGUGGUUUAUGACUGUACUAGCUGUACUUGUUGAUUUACAAGAUCAUAAAUGUAGCGUCAGUGAAAAAUGCUUAUGUGAACAGCCUCAUAUUUACAAAUGACGAGCGUGAAGAUAAGGUUCAAACUCUUUAUCAUCAUUACAUGACCACGUCGGUUGUACAGACAAAUCAGAGGAUGAAAAAAAGAGGUGCCCCAGUGCCUGAAAACAAAGGUGAGGAGUUUAAUCCUUUAACUGUAGGGGCCCACUGUGACCUGUAGGGCCCAGCAAAGUGCUGUUAUGAGACAAGCAAAUCUGUUAGCAGGGGAUUCCUGCAGAGAGAGGUCAGCCCACCGUUUGCUAAUAAGCAUGUUUGCCAUUUAAAUAUAGCACUAGCAACCCCGUAAUUAUUGCAGCCCAUGUUGAAACCAUGUGUCAUUACAUGAAACCAUCUUAAAGCGGAGCUGUCCCAAUGGGAAGUGCAGACUUGCAAACAAGCCCCGUGGGAUUACGACAAAUGCCUGGAAGGAGUGGUGUAUGAGUGGUUGAGGAUGAGUGUUCAUUAAUAGAGCAUUACAUCUUUCUUUAAACCCACAUCUGUACGUGAACAUCUACACUUCACUCGAUUUAUGAAAAGAAAAGAAACCUUUCUUUCGCUGCCAUUCCUCCAUGAGUUGCCUCAGGAAGAACAUAUUUGUCAGUUUCUGUCACCCGACCUCAUGUUUCUUAGCAACCAAAUGUCUCCAAAAUACACCACCGCCCUGCAGACUUCACAGGUAUUCUCGAGUGAAGGGUUUGGCAGGGAGGGGAGGGGACAGAUUCAGGGUGUGAUAGGAAGAGGGACGCCACAGCAGGCAUUGUGCUCUCUCUUACGUGUGUGUGUGCGUGAGUGUGCGUGUCAGUUCUGCACUCGCAUGGCCGGUUGGGUGGGACUUGUACACACAGCUCUGAUGUCAUUCUUCCUGGUUUUGGCUUUGCACCCACCCUAACCCCGCCCACAGGUGGCUCUGCUGCUGUCAGUCAGCUGCUGUCACGCAGCCUCUCCCCCCCGCAUGUGUGUUUGUGUGUGUUCUGCUCUGGGACGCUUCUUAUUUGCUACACACAUGCUCCUCCCUCCCCUCCUGUCCGUCUCUGCUCUCUGCUGAUAUGAACUUUGGAAGCAAUGAGUUGUAGGCUGUGUUCCUGCCAGGGAAUUCUUGAGUGAUUAUUCUUUUGCCUCUAAAGGUGGACAGCCCUCAUCCCUGCUUUGUUCUUUCUCCAGGACAACCUAAACGUCUUCCUCAAGGCCUGCGGGAAGCUCGGACUAAAGGAAGCUCAGCUCUUUCACCCAGGAGACCUUCAGGACUUAUCCUCAAGAGUUACAGUCAAGUAAGUUCUGAUUUUUGUAAAAUACAUAUGAUACUACCACAAGAUUUUUUUAACUUGCUCCCGCUGCUCAAAGAGUGUGGUUACAGCGUCCUGUUAACAUCUUUGCUUUUGAAUGAUCUCUGACUGAACAAUCCUCUGCCUCUGUUUCUGCUGUACUGGAAGGAAACAUAUAAAAAUGUAACUGUCACACUACAUAGUGUUUCAGAGCACAUGCCCCCUCAUGUGAGGCAUGAUUCAAGCUGCAGUUAAAAAAGGUCAGUGCUAUUCUCAGUGUGCAUCCAGUCUUGUGUUGGUAAACACCUGUUUUAAGCAGAGCUUGCAUGUGUCUCCUACAAAAGUGUAUGAGGGGGAAAUGAUGAAUGAAGUCUGCAAGAAGAGCCAGUCACUUAUUCAGGUGUUCACAUCUGAUGGUAACUGAUCAGAUCCAGCCAGAUCUGGCAACUUGUUUACACAAUGGAAGGAAAUAUUCAGACGUGCUCCAAGUUCUUAAAAACAGCUAGAUUUUUUAUUUUUUUAAUGAGACAUUCAGUUCAGUUACUUCAAUGACAACAAAUAUUUCCAGAUGUUGCCAAAGUCGUUGUCAUUUUUCCAUGUAACACGGCCGCUUUUGUGUGUGCUGCAUGCCAAGCAGGGAUGAAUGCAGUAUGUUGAACAACCUGUUCAGUUGUUACACAGGUGUGCCUUUAAGAUGGAGCGAGGUAAGGCAGAGCUCAGGCCACAGUCCAUCCACCGUUGCACACUCUCUGUUGCUUCACAACAGUGCUGUGCAAGCAGAAAGAAAAGUGCAUCAGCAGCAGUCCAUGCAGGUGGUGAAACCUGGAGAUAGUAGGAUUAGAUAGGCACUUGAAUAUAUCUCUAUAGGGGUCAGAAUGGCAAAAGCCGUGUCAGAGAAGUGUAAGGUUUAUCAAAAUGAUAAACAACAUUGUCCCUGUGAGUGUUUUCACUUCAUCCUCAAAUUAAAAAUCACUCUGGAGGCUCUUUUAAGAUGAUACCACAACUUCCUGAUACAUCUUUCCCAUGAUCCACCCAAGACUGCGUUCGUCAUUCUUCAGUAACACCGACAAUGCUGUCGAAACCGCAGCCCUCACAAAGACGCUCACAGAAGCAGAUGUUCUGUACAUACACUGGAAUAUGAACUCAAAAUAAACAAAUCUGCCUGCCGUUUAUCAAGACACACCCUCCGCUCCCCGCAGCAGAACUCACCCUACCCUGAAAUAUUGCAGUAGUCGAUGUCUGAUUCCCUGCCAUAGAUCUCGAGAUAAUUCUUUUAUGGAUCAUGUGCCCUUUGUGCCAUCAGACAUUUCCUCUCUUACAUAACCUUUUCCCAUCGUUUGGUAGUAAACGACUGAAGUUUCUAAACGACAACUGGCGCUGAAGUUCAUUGUCAGUUGAGCUCACAUGAAAGCAAAACUCACACUAGAUUUAAACUAAAGCUAAUACUAUAGAUUAAACUUUAUAAAAGAACAGAAAAUAAUCUUUAAAAGUCUCCAUGAAGACCUCAAGUUUGUGACACCCAAUCUCUGGAACUCACUUCUCUGAUAGUACGUGCAGGGGUCUGUUUCAGAGGGGCUCAGGCUCCUAUUUUUAGGUCCUUGAAGUCACUUUGAACAGCAGGACUGAUUGGAAUGGUAUCAGGACUGAAAAGGAAGAGCUUUUAAUAGAUUGUUUUCCUCCUGUCAGGACACCCCCCUACUCUCCCCCCCUACAUGUGGUCUUGAGGAGUACACCUGUGUGUGCUUGUGUUCAUGUGAAAGUCUAGCAGUGGUGUGCAUUUGAGGUUGUGGAUUUGUGAUUGUAUUCUUUGUGGGUAUUUUUUUGAAUGCAGAGUAGAAACGUCACCUGUUUUUGUGGGUUUUUGUGUUUUUUCUUCUGAGAUAAAUUGGGGUGAUAAGAUGUGGUUUCCUCAUAGAUCAUGCACAACUCAUGCAAAGGGAGAUGGCACACACAAAGUGUAACAUGAGGAGAUAAUCCCAAAGAAGGCUACAGACAAGCAGCCAGUGGUUUAAUUUCACUGUCUCUUAUCAGAGUCUAAGCAAAUGAGCCUCUGAGAGCACAGAGCAAAGAGAGAGAGUGAGAGAGUGAAGUUGUCUCUAUCAGCUGUCUCUGCUUCUGGUGUGCGUCCAACCUCCACUCCCUCAAACCCUGUCUGACAGGUGCCUCGCUCAGCUUCCCUGUUCUCUGUUUCAGCAGCCACAAGCUUGCUGUGCUGUUUGUGCCCUAUGUUAUUUUCCUCUGACUGUUUUCCCAAGUAAAACCAUUCAUUUAUAAAUCAGAGGUUAACUAUAUAUAUUCUGAUGGUAUAAGUAAAGGCUUUGUGAGAACAUCCAGAGGUUAAUACUGAUGCCUUUUCAUGGCCCGCCAAAGUAAAAGAGACUCUCAGUGUGAAGUGAGUUGAUACUUUGAACGUCUGAACACAUGAACAGCACUCUGCCAAGUAUGCAGUUUUUAAAAACAUUUUCUACUGCAAAGGUACAAAAAUAUAAAAGGAGAGGAGUGUGAAACAACAUAAGGAUAAACUGUGCUGCUUACAUGGUUACAAGACAAGAGAUCGAAGUCACUGCUUUUCUACAGGGACCAUCAAUAUUGACCCAAAUCGAAAAAUUCCUCCCAGGCGCUUCAAUUUUAUUCUUCUUUACUUUAAAAGCUCAUGUGGGGAGUUUUUAGCUGCUUACAAAAAGGACUGAAAUUGGCACUGAUGCUUUCUUACAUGCUACAGAAGUACAUAAUACCAUCGGCAUUAAGGCUGAUCACUACUGUACGGUUAUUUUUAAUGUCUGAAAAUGCUACCAGGGGGUCAGCUGUCAUCUGAAGUGAUAACUACUUGCUUCAAAACUGUUUUUCUUUUUUCCUCUUUUGUAGUUGUUUUUUUCACAUUCUCUAAGUGUCUAAGCGUAGCACCCUGCAGGAGAAAAGGGUAAAAGUAAGCUAGCAAGCAAUAAAUCAUUGUCCAUCCAUGUAAUUUCCACAACUUGCACAUAGAACUAUUUCUCAAGCUAAAAGGAGUCAGAAUUUCUUGUUGAACUAUUGCUUUGGAUGGAGAAACUCGACAACUAAGGCUUUGCUUGGUGAAAGAGCAUAUUAGCUCUGAGAACAUGAAACUGGUACGUCCGGUCACCUGUUGUGAGCUAUUUAACAGUUCAUAAAGUUUUGUGGUUGUGUUACAGUUAAUAGCUCCAUGUCGCUACAAGUCAAAACAAUACAAUACAAUACAUCAACAGUUGUCUCAAACAAAAAAAGAUGCAUUGAAAAGAAGAUGCCAAACAUAAUUAUAAACAGUUCUAAAAUAAUUUUUAUUUUCUAUUUUUCUUGGAUUAAACAGGAGUUCAAACUUUUGACACAUUUCAAGACAAAAAAAAAAUGAAUGGAUAGAUUAAGAAAAAGCCAACAGGCUGGUCAAUCAUGAAAGAUGAUCAUAAGAGGCCGCAGUAAUGGCCCCCACCUUGUAUAAAAGGUGCUUUACAAGAAACGCUUUUUAUUGACAUGCAUUAAAAACUUGUUAACCCUUUCUGAAUACAAAGAAAAGACUCAUCGACUCAUUGAGGACUGAUUUAAGGUAUUGGACACCACCUUCACAAGGAAUGCCAAGACUCUCACACUAAAUAUUUGAGCCUUAAUAACAGUUAUUAGAACGGCUGGUAUGAAGCUGGAAUCAGUCACUUGAGUCUUCAGCUUCAGUUUGCUGAGCACAUUUUAAUUCAAGCUCGUCUGCGUUGUCCCAGCAGCCGUAAAAGAUUAUUGGCUGUCUGUUUUGACCUUUGAGCUCAGCAGUUGCUGUAGGUUUGGCCUUAACACCCUCAGCACUUCAUGUUGCUCUGUCCCCCCGGAUUAGGAAAUCUGCUUCCUGAUAAAGUCAGUUACAAACUCAUUCAGGAUCAAACUUAUCAAACAGCAGGACAAACUGUUGUAACAGUGACAUAGACUGAUAAGAGGUGAGAGUUUGCUGCUAGGUGACGUGCUUCCCUUAAGAGUUCCUCUCAUCAUCCACGUGUCAGUGAACUGUAAUCGAGUGCAAACCCACUCUGAACACGCAGCGGUGUAAUACUGACCAGGCUGACUUUAUUCAAGUCUGAUUCACCUCUGCUUUAGACUAACUGUGUCAGUUUCCAGCAGCUGCCCAGGAAAUGAGAGCAUUAGAGUGCUGGGGAUGAAUCAUUCCAUCUGAAAGUGCUCCAUUUAACUUCAGCCACUUCCUUUAGCCCCUUAGCUGUCGUUUGGAAAUUCAGCAGCAUGCAGCCAAGUCUGGACGAGACCCACAACUUGACACAAGUGACAUAAAGGAAAAGGCCAGACUGUGCAGGGUUUUCCCUAAUGACACUAAAUGUCAGCAGAUUACUCGACACUUGACCCCGUGAAUGCUUUCACAAGGAUGCAAUUGUCACAGAGCUACUUUUACAGGAUGAAUGUCUCAAAGGGUGGAAAUUGCAGCUUGUGGAAGGAAGGAUGUGUGGUUCUCAAACACAGUAUUAUACAGAAUGCAAAGUAACUGCAGGGCUCUUCAACUUUUUGAGUUUAUUUCAAUGGGUACACUGCAAUUUUGAUCCUUAAUCCCCCUUUAUACCAGUUUGUUAACCUUAAAAAUAUUUGCUGCGUAUUCAAACCAUGCAAGAUAUAUAUACUAAAAGUGUUGCUAUAACGAAGUAGAUUUUCCUAACUACUAUAUCGAAGUACCAGUCCAAUCAAAAUCCUCAUAAUCUACCAGGAAUCAUCACUGGAUUCUUCAGUUUUCAUUGACUUGACUUAAAUAUAUAACAAGUUUCAGGUGGAUUUUUAGAUCUUUAUCCCUCUUGUUUUCACCCAAGGCUGUAUAAAGCCGGACAACAUACCUGACCUCAUCCAUCUGUUUCUGAACAAGCGUCAUGAAGCCCAAACUUGGUGGCCACUGUUCUGGAAAUAUUGACUCCACAGCUCAACGGCAAAGAGGUGAAGUUGAGGCCAUACCCAGUCGCCUGGCAGGUGGCCACAACUCGUCCACCUGUCUGCCAAAUCAGUUGUGCCCCAAUAAUACACAACUGUGCAUAACUCCUAGCCCUAGAAUAGUCAAUAUGUUCAAUUCUGUGAUGAACAGGGACAUUUUAGAAUGGGUUUUGCAAGCUAGUGCAGAUUUGUUUUAAGUGUCCACUUGAGGCUACGUGCAAAAGCCAGAGAAUCCCCUUUUGGUUCCAUCUUAAGAUGCCAAUUUUCAUACAGUGUUUAUAGCCUAGUUCAAAAAACUUGCUGGGAAUAUAUCCCAUUGAUAUUUGUGUACACGGAUUAGGGGGUGACUUUCUUGACCCAUGUGUUGAGUUAAUAUAAAGGCUUGGCGUUAUCAUUCAUUUGGAAUAAUAAGAGGUGUGGUUGAUUUGGCAAGUAAAGGUGUUGUAUCUGUUUGCCAGGAAGCUCAAGCCCUCUUCAGCUCCACCUCUUUGCCUGUUUCCUGGUUAAUCAAAAGUUCAGUUGAAUUAGCAUUUCCAUGUCCAUUUUUGGUAACUAGCCUCAAGUGGGCACUUGAGGAACUGCAGUGUUUUGCAUCUCUGCAUUGACUUCAUAGGUUGCACUUAAGGCAGUCUCAUACUUUCUGUUCACUUGUUUCAACGAGACAGCAGCAACGUUUGUGUUACCUUUAACAUACCAUAGUAAUUAAUUUAAGCAGUAUUUAUAGCAUAUGUAGAACGCCCUCCCCUCCACAUACUCCAUGUAUAGCCUGUAAGGGCUGAUACAUCUGAAGGUUUGAAAUUGUGCAAGAUCCAACUUUUGGGGGUUGGUGGAGACCAAAAAUGGAGAUAAAAUAUAGUGAAUAUUUGUCUUAGAGUUCUGAAGUGGCCAAGUUCACAUAAUUACCUAAUCAAUUUGAAAAGAUGUUCAAACUGCUGCCCAAAAAUGUCGAAGAAGACCUUUUUUUGGGAGGCAAUAAUACUUCUUUAUUUCAUUACUCAGAGUUCCUAUUUCUAAUUGAAAACUAUCACACAGUUCUAUUUCUCGGUUUACUGUGGUCAAGAGUUCCUGACCAAGAGUCCAGUUUUUCCUCAUUGUCCUCCAGAAACAGGCAGAACAGAUCCCCCGCUGAGAUGAGUCCAAAGUCUCACUGUUGCCGCCAUUUGAUUAAGCAAAUUAUUGACAAGGGUUGACGGCACACAAACCUAAAAAAGAGCUGAAACCUCCAAGUAUGGUAGGUGAGUCAAAACUUAGAGGAAUGCUUGUGACCCCUUUGAACAAGUGAUCAAAAGGAGUGGCUGUUGGGUAAUUACACGGUGUGAAUUAUGCAAUAGUUUUUCUGGCUGUGGAUCAAACCAAAUGUUUGAAAUACUUGAAGGAAUUUGAUGUUUCGAGGACAAACUUCAGGACAUGGUUUCAUGUUAUUCAACACUUACAUAUAUUUUCAUGUAUGAACUAUUAUUUCAAAGAGUUUAAAGCACCAAAUUAUGAGUCCAUAAUACAAAAGUUACAAACCCUCCUGGUUGAAUGUUAGUUUUUCGGGUGUGGCACCACACAUUCUGGUUUCAUAGUUUUUUUAUAUGGCACCGCGGCACUUCUUGUUACAGCGCUGUGUGAACUGUGAGCAGAUUGUGAAAGCAAACGAGUGAUGAUGGUGAACAGCCAAUAAAAGUUCUACGGCCUGGAUGAGGCCCUGGCUGUAAAAGGCCAACACAAGGGUUAUAUUUGUGCGCUGUAGUUGAGUCAGGGAGAGAAAUGCCAGCCUCACCCUGUUCCCUCCCUCACAGAGACGGCUCUGUCUCAGAUAAGCACAACACAAUGAUGCCCAAGACCGUCUCACCCACAGCUGAUUCUUUUAUACAAAUCUGUCAUCCUCUCUGAGUUUUUAGAGCUCUUCAAGCAUGAGAGUGUCAGGGUGUGUCGUUAACUCCAAACUAUUUUAUUAGAAUGAAAGAACAUUUCUGAAGGAUGUUACAUAUGGUGUCGUUGAAUGCUGCAGAGCAGGUGAUCGUCGUCUCACAGGUAUGCGUCUGAUCACACGUGCACACCCAUUACUUUAGAGCUUUGGUUGCUGUGUUUGUUUGUCUUUUGGAUGUCGGUCUGACAGAAACCGUGACUCUUAAUCUCUUUUGUACAUUGUUGAUGACAAACCCGUGGUCUUCAUUUGGUCAGUACACACUUGUAGUUGUUCCUCUUUUCAAGGUUUUAUUUUGCUUCAGUGGCAGCUCUGGGAACUGACUGGCCAAGUCUGACAGAUGAUAACUCACCUCACUCGAUGUCAAGGAGUUAUUUAUCUAACAUUUAAAUAGUGGCUUGUGUUGCUUUAGUCGUAUGUGUGUCUUUUGGAGGCUGCUUUGUGUUGGCAGAACAAACUCUUUAGCGUCUUCAGUAGACUCAGACAAAUGCCUUCUGCACAGCUCAGUUACAGUUUUAAUGAGACAGAAAAUAUCUGAAUGCUGGUUUAGAUAACUCGACAUCAAUAUACCAAGCACCCCUUGUUAAAAAAAUUAUAUGCCUUUAAAAACGAUAUCCUUUUUUUAAUAAAAUACAGUCUGUAAGCUGCACAAAUCUUCAAUAAGUUCAAUAUUAGUGCUCAUUUUUGUGUUUUAUUGCCUGUAUCAUUACUCUGAUAAAAUUAACACCUUGCAACUAGCUUAACAUAUUAAAACAAGAGUGUCUGUCAGCUGUAGUUAUGUCUAUCAAGGUUACAAGCAGUCAUAUUUAAUGAAAAAGUGUCUGCUGACUGGUUCAACGUUGCUGUUUGGGUGAUCGCUCUGGAGGAGAAGAAAUUGGUAAAGCUAAUGCUACUAAAUUGGCACUAUGACUGAGGCUCUCGCUGAAAUCAAAUUCUGAAAUUCACGUUGUAGCUGAGACUUCUCACUUCUCAGAAAACUCUACUCAUAACUGUUUUGAUAAAACUGUUGCCACUGUCUGAUAUUCCACCUGUGUUAUGUUGUGAGAUGGAAGGUCACACUGAUUCAGUGUCGUGUUUCUUCACAUUUCUGCCUGAAAUUCCCAAAAGGAAGAUUUCCCUUGCUGCUGAAGGAUUGACUGUCUCUCACCCUUUCACCUUGCAAAGAGAGUGAUGGUGUGAAAAUUUGUGUAAGCAUGCAAAGGUUGAGCCAAGAGUGUCCUGAUAAUUUGUCAAACUUGGAGGGUUUCCUGUCAGAGCUUUGUGCUCUAACUGAACUGUAUUUACACACUGACUGUCAAGUGUUUAAAGGGCUCUGUCCUUUCUUUUUUAUCCACUAAUCCAGAGUUUGUGUCCUAUAGUGAUUCAUAGGUGAUUCACACAACAUAUUAUCACAUUAUUGCAUUUCAACACUAUUUUUGUUGUGUUUGGUGAGAUUGAAGUGGAGUUAGUUCAGCACAUUCACACUCUCUUAACUGUGCUCAUAACCAUACAAAGGCUCAGCUUGUUUUUUUCUUUGGUACAUUAAUUACCAAAAAGCAAAUAUGGUUAUAUGAAGUGUUCAUGAUAUUCUGAUUGAAGUUAUUCCCAGCCUGUGCUCUCUGCGACUGUGUGACAUCCUGCUGAUGAUUGUGCACAAUCAUAUGAGCGCUCAGCUGAUUCUUACAGACUACAGAAAAGUCCUGAGGCUCUGCAGGCUAAAAUAGCCGUUAUGUAUUUUCUCUUCCGUUCAGCUAUUACCGUGAACCAUAAAUGAGAAUUACGAGAAGCGGUGUGGUUGUAGUUUUGGAAUAUAGCUCAUUUUCUGCUGGACUUGGCUUCAGCUGCUAUAAUCUAAGACUUUGUGACUGUGCUCCAAGCCACACAAGAAAGGGUAUUUUUUCUCAGGACUCUUUUAUUGGGCAUUUAACUUUGCAAUAUGCCUGACUGGUAAACAUCCAGUUGUGCUCUCAUUGUUGUGUGUUAGGAGCUCCUGGUGUGAAAUAAAGCACACUGGUGACAAAAUUGGACCAGUCAUGCAAUUAAAACCUGUUAGAGGUGGAAGGAAUGAGAUCCUCUACUUGAGGGAAAGUUUCAGUACAGAAAAUUAAAUAUAAUCCUCUUGAGCUGAAAGGUCUUUAAGGGCUGUUGUGGGUUAAAAGUAUUUUCAAUAUACCGUUUCUAUAGUAAAAAUACAGACGAUGACAAUGUUAAGUGAUCCCUCACAGUAUAGGAAUCUGCAACGCACCUCUACUUUAAGCAACAUUAUCCUCAUUAUUUAACUAUUUGGCCCACUACCUAAUCACUUUGGUUCUCUUAGCAUUGUUUUGAGCCAGUGCAGGAGGCUGAUUCAGCAUUUAAAAAGCACUAAAAAACCCACUACUUACUUCUUGCUUGAUUCUCUACUGGCACACAGCUGGCUCAGAAACAUAGGUGAGCAUGUAGCAUCUGAUCUCGAUAUUUUCGCACUGAAACACAAACAUGUUUGACUUAAAUUCAUCGCCAGGUGGCCUCAUGUAGGCUGGAUAUCAGAUAUUGUUUCUGGUUAAAAUUUAAGUACCUGUUUGAUAAAAGUUGCCCCUGUGAAUGCACGUCAUUGUGAUGCACUGAUACAUAAGAAUUUAAAGCUCAUGUAAGGAGUUUUUAAGAGGUCUUGAAAAGGCUGAAAUGAACAAUGAUGCAUAUCAAUGAUGUACAAACACAAAUAAGACCAUAAAAACAAAACAAUUUACUUAAAAAAAGGCUUUAUUUUCAGCUGUCAAUCAUUUAGUCUAGCACCCUCCCCCUCACAGUGGUGACAGGCUUUAGAAGUUUCACUAAAGAAACUGCCAAGCUUGAUUGUUUUUGAUUGUUUUUAGGAGUCGUCUGUCUUCAUUUCGGUAUAAGAAGCUUAAAAUUCCUCACGGUUGCUUUAAGUACUGUAUUUGUUCGGCUGAUAUUUUGAAAGUCAAUGCCAAUGUCUGAGAUGAGUUUCUCAUCCAGUCAGCAGCUGGACUAAACCAAGUCCUUAGAAAGAUCUGUUGGAGGUUUAACAUGUCUGAUGGACAGACAUCUUCUCAGGUGUCAACACAACACGUGCAUCCUCUCUCAGCAGGUGCAUUCGCUAUAUUGCAUGUUAGGAAGUGGCAGUAAGAUCCCAUAACUCCUGUAGAGAGAGGCAUGUGUGACUAUUGUGUUACCACAUGAUAGCAGGAAUGUGUAGCUCGCAGAGGAGUUGUGUAGUAUCUCUUCCUGGGUCACCAUUAGGGUUACCUUAUGAACUGCAGCUGUUUAUCUCUGUUUAUUGACUUUUAAAUAGACACUACAGUCAGGGUAGGUGACAGGAACACAAUGUACAUAGGUAAAAGGUUAAACCAGGCAUGCAGGUUGACACUGGGGGCUUUGUGCGGCUUCACGGCAGCAACACUGAGCUGACAUUUUCCAGGAAAAGUGAUUUACUGACUGCCAGGUCAACUGUCAAACCCCAGAAAUAUGAGUGAAAUUCUGUACGACCUCCGAAGCACGCGAGGCGCUUUAUUGCUUGUCCCAACAGUAGACCCUUGUUUGGUGUUCACAUGUUUCAUUAGCACUUAUUAGUUUUAUCAUUAAUAGAAAUCAGAAACAAACCCGCCUUUUGUGCCCUUAAAAUGAAUGUUUUUACAGCUGCUUCAUUUUGUGAUUAGGGUUGAAACACACACAGCAUUUUAUUUUAUGGCCUGAAAUGGUUUCUUUCUAAAAUGAGUGUUUGUUUUCCUCUCAGCCUUUGUGUUGUGGCGAGAGAGAGAGUGUGAGUGAAGGGCUGGCAGUCGUCUGGAUUGUGCUCUCACUUUCCAGCUCUUUCACUGUCCAACACACAGACCCAACAAGCAUGCCCUCUGUUCUUUUAUUGUCCUUCUCUCUCACACACACACACCUCUGUUUUCUGCUCUUUCUCUUGCAGGGAUCAAGAGACCAACAGGAGGCUGAAAAAUGUGAGUGGAAAAUGUUUUUCCUCUGUGAACCUUGGCCUUUGAUUUGACUACAAUAAAUUAUAAUUUAGCUUCAGGUGUAGCUUUGUUUAUGUGUCACUGGAGAGGAAAGUAUAAGAGGGGAACUACACAGAUUUACGGCAUCAAAGUCUGGUAACAGGUGUUGGCGAGAACCACAUGUAUGGAAAAAGCUGUAACAAAACACAUGUGCUUGUAGAGGGAUCUGUGAAAAAUCUGAAAAGUCGACUUGAGUCGCUCCAGACUUGAGAUGCGGUGUCUGAUUUUCAAGGGGAUAAAACUGAGCGAUGACCAAAAUACAAACAAAUGUUAUCACAACUUCACCAAAAAAGGCCGGAGGCUGUAUGGUUUGUUUACAGAAAUGCAACAUUAAGAUUAGAUAAGGUUUAAUCUUAUCUCAUCUUUAUCCACCGUGAGCAAUGCUCUUCUCUGAAUUUAGUAACUUACAGCGGCAGAGAAAACAUGCAGGAACCAGACACAUGUCAAAUCAACUUUCUGCUGUGACUGUGUUUGGAUUGCAAUGAAGGGAUGGAGAGGGAUGUAAGAAGAAAGAGAUGGAUAGACAAACCACAACAACAAUAAGAAGAAGAGAUAGAGCAGCUCAUUAAGACUUAGAGUGAUAAUAGUUACAGUGUUAGAUGUAGGCAAGAACAGCUAAAUAUGAUCAUCGUCUGACUAGAUGUUGAAUAAAACAAGAAUCGUACACGCCAAUAACACGUCAGCAUCUUAAAGAGAUUAUUCUCACUGUGAUUAUUUUAUUCAACCACCUCAACUAAAUCUAAACAAAACAUCUAAAUUUGCACAUUUAUUUCAAUGUCUUUCCGGCACAUCUGGAGAAUAACAACCAAGCGGUUAAAGUUGCACAAUAAGGGGUUAAUGCUGCUCUCUUCCAGGAAGUUUUUGGCCCAUAGACGAAAUAUCAGCUAAAGUUUAAAUGAUCAUUUAAAAAUUCCUCACCACAGCUCCAUUACUUUGUUCAUCAUGUUUAUCCCCCCUGUGUAUGUUCUCUGUUGAGUCCAGCUGGCACAUUUAUGAAUCUCUAACUUAAGUUAUUAAAAAAAUCAAAGCAUUUACAUGUCAGUAGUAACCAUUACUAGUGCACUUUGGGGAUAUGAUGCAUCUUUGGUGUGGCUGUGAUUGUUUGCUGUAGUGCAGCACAUUUACCUGUCCCUCCUCAUAAUGCACACACAAACAACAACAGAGGGUUCUGGAUGAGCCUGGAAACAUGAGCAGGGCAGCAGCUGAUAUCACCUUGUGUUUGUGUAGAGCUGCAACUACAAUAACAAUCACCUGCUAUGGCAGUGGACAGAACAUUCAUCAGGAAAGGGUGGAGGUAUCACUGUAAUCGGAUGUCAUCUGUCUGGUGAUUGUAAUUGACUUCCGAGUGAAGGCAAUUGUUUUUUUCUUUCUCUCUCUCUUUACAGGUAUUAAUUACCAUCUACUGGCUGGGUAGAAGAGCUCAGAGCGACCGUUUCUAUGAUGGACCUUACCUGAAUUUCAAAUCAUUUGAAGGUUUACUUGGCACAGCGCUAUACAAGGUAAAAACUCUUUAACAGUCAGAGAAUAACCACCUCAUUGUGCUCACUUUGUCUGUACUAUUGAGAAACGUAAGCUUAAUUUUCUGGUGGAACCGGCGAAUAACAUGAAUGAAAUCCUCUUUAACAGCCUUUGCCCAGUAUUUUCUGUAUCCUCCCUGGUAUUCAGACUAUGUGCAGAAGAAUGGCUGUUAAAGACUGCGGCGCCUCAGAUUGCUGGCCGCUAGAACCAAAGCUGUGUUAAGUCAUAAACGAACCUGAUCCCUUGACUCAGCUAUUUUAAUCUUGUUUGCAGCAAGUUCGAGUAGCUUGCACGAGAAAAUUGCGGCUCCUUUUUCCUCUCACUGCUCAUGCCGGUGUUGAAUUUGGCACCUUGCGUUCACAGAGAUUUAUAGGUGCCGGUGCGCGAGGCCUCUAUAAUUCAACAGACUACAGGGAUUUCAAUAAUAGCAGUCGGUUUCAGCGCUUCUUGUACGUUUAGCCACAAUAAUCCAAGUUCACAGGCGUAGGUUUAGGGUGGGAUUUAGUUUGUGGAUUUGUAUUGUCUGGCAGGGUUCGGCAGAUUAAAGAUCUGAAAAUCAUUUUCUUUUUCAAGUGGCUGACAAGUUUUGACAAGUUGCCAUGCUGGUUAGACUAUUUACACAAAAAAUUAUGUAUGCGGUAAACAUUGCCAUCAAGAGAACCUGGAACACAGCGCUUUUUUGUUAUGACAGAUUUGUCAGUGAAUAGAAAACAAUGAGGUUGUUCCAGUGACAUUUUAGCAUUAUACAUCCCCCAUUAUAGACCGUAUAGGAGCGUAUGUUUACUAUAACUGAUUCUACGGGAAUAAGGAGCCAGAAAGCACCGAGUUCACACUCUGCCUGGGAGAUCUCUCAUGCACCACACACAGCGGAGCUAAAUAUUGUAAUUGGCACUCAAUUAUUCGACUGUGUGUGUGUUUUUUUUUGUGUGUCUGCGUGUGCAUGAAAGGCUCUGCACGAAUCACCGAAUCAGAAAGGCAGCAACAUCCGAGACAGCGGUUUUGGAGAUAGCUGGUACUCAGAGCGAGAGGAGCUCCACCAACUCAGAGAAGAGGAAGGAGGAAGAAGAAGAGGAGGCGGACACAGGAGAGACGACUCCCUGGAUAGUUUGGACUCUUUGGGCUCCAGACCCCACAGCAUCUCAUCUGACACCACUUUGAAAGGCAGCAGCGAGGGUAGGUGGUGUCAUAUAAUCUACAGCUUUAACACACACAAACACACCAAACAAAACUAAACACAUUUACCACAACUCCUCCGGAAAUAUUUUGAACCUGAAGAGCUGACUCUCAGCGUAUUUUCUUUCAUUUUUGGGCCUAUUUUUUCAAGUUACUCUCUGAUAUCCUUGUAUCAUAGUAACCAGACUUUCUUGUAUUGUUUCUCUCAUGAAAAGUUAUCAUCAAGUUCCUCUGUCUAGAACUUCAAAUAUUUGUAAAGAGGGAAGAUAUGCUGCCUCACAGCCAGAAAGUUGCCUCCCAUUUGUGAAAACAAACACUCAUCGCCAUCUAGUGGUGUUAUUUGGAGGUGAAUAUUUUCUGUGAAAAUUCACACAAGUCCCAAAGGAAGUCGAUAUGAUAAAUCAGUGCCAAGGCUCCUCUGUGUUCUUGUUUGAAGACAAAAAUAUGCUCUCAGAGAGGGAAGUGCUGGCCAGUUAUUCCCCUGUAAGAGACGCAGUGAGACAUUCCUCAGCCGUCCACACCGCCUUGUAAAUGAGGAGGCCUGCGAUCCCCUCCCUGCACCCCUCUGUUACUCCUCCAGAGUCAACACACAACACACUCCCCCUCACUCUUUCCUCUAUUCUCACUCGGUUUGUCUUUUUUUUGCGACUUCAUUACUCUCAUGAGACUUCUUUUACACCUGGUUCUUCCUCCUUCCUCUCCUGUUCAGGUUGUUGCAGUGACACUGAGGUGGACUCUGUUUUCAAAAUGGCUGAGAACAAGGACAGUGCCAGUUACCGCCGGUCGGUAUCCAUCACACCAAAGGCCACCGCGCCGUUUAACCAGUUCCUACCUACUAAAGACAAACAGGCGGCUUACGUUCCUGCUCCGCUGAGGAAGAAACGAGCUGACCGCAACGAGGACAACCGGCGCAGCUGGACCAACCCCUCGUACUCAGAGGAGGAGGGAACACUAACCAGGUACUGUCUGAAUACACACAUAGCUCUGUCUGAGGGUGCUGAUUCCCAUUGAAGCUAAUUUUAUUUCUUUAAUCAUCAAAAGAACAAAACAAAAGAACAUUGAGUGGCUUUUAUGCACAAAUCUUUGGUUUGUGCUUCAAAUACUCAAAGUUUACAUUUCCUCCUCUCUUAUCGCUGUUGGUGUUUGUGGUGUUGUCAUGUCGUCUGCAAAUGGUCGAUGGUGUUGUGUUUCAUUUUGCUUCCCUGUGGAAUGGCGACCUCGCUGAUACAAGGCCCUCCCCUGACUGGUAUGACAACAGUCAAGUAUCCCAGAGCGCCUCACCUGCGGCUCAUCUUCAGUGGGCGUACGAGUACGAAAGCGGCAGCGACUCUGACACAGACAGACCAGACCCGGAUCUCGUUCUGGAUGACCUUGCCAGUAGACGCUUCCACAGCCCCUCCCCGGCUACCCCUACAAACUUUGCCGUGCCUAUCAGUCCCGUGGCGGGGAGAUCAGCAUCAGGAGGUAGAGGAGGGCCUUGGCCGAAGGUCACUAUGAGUCCCAAUGUUGUCCCUCAGCAGAAUGUGACCUUCCUCAGGUCAGAGAACAUGAAGCGACAGUGUGACUUUGAUGUGCCUGCCUGAUGAAAGCAAAAACGCUUCUCUUACCCUCAGUUUGCAUGGUUACUUUAAACCAUGAGCGACGUCUCUGGUCGUAUUUGCUGCUUCUAACAGAGUUUGAAAGUCAUCUGUUUGUUGAUUUCUCUUUGAGUUAAGUUUGUAGCUUCAGCACUUCCUUUUUUUUUGCUCCCUCUGAAUUUUACGAGCCUGGAGGAGUGAUUUGAGUUGGCAACAUAACUCCUCAAAUCACAUUUCCCCUCCGUUUCAUUUUGGUUUGAGCUUGCAUUGGUUUGCUAACCCUUGCGUCAUCUAUCUUGAGGUUGUAGUGCUGGAGGAUUGUGUGUGACUGCCGUGCUGUACAGCCGCUAAAAAUGCCUUUUGACACGUGUGAUUGGCCGUCUCUUUUGAGCAGCAGUGCCACCGACAGCGGGGAAAAGCAGCCCCCCAAGCUCGGCUCUGUGAGAGUGGACCACCGCCGGGCCGUGUCCGCUGACAGCCUGUUCAGGGACAUAUACGAUGACUCUGAGGAUGAAGACAAUGAGGUGGGCUACGCAGACCCCGUCCAGGAUGACCUCUAUGCGCGCAAGAUGGGCAUCAAACCCCAAAACCCUGCCAGUGUCUCUCAUGACAAGUUCCUGCCAAAGUUCUGGACGCCUGAAGAAGAUGUUCACAUACAGAAGAUCAAACUGGGCUCUCAGAGGAGACCCUGGUACAAAAAGAUGCAAGGCUUCAGGUGUGUGAGGGAUCCAGAAUCCAGAGUUAGAUGGAAUUAUCCCACACACACUUCCUUUCAAACACAUAACAGUACAUUUUAAAGACAUGCAUUAUCAAAGAUCGCAUGAUUCCCUGUUUUUAUCCACUUUUUGCUUUUCUCCCAGACACAUUGAAUUUUGCUAAUCUUAAAUAAUACUCCCAUGCAAAAGCCUGACAAUCGUCAUAAAUGGGUUUCUGUGAUUUAGAGCAUUUUCUGUAUGGUUUCCCUCCUGCUUACUUUUUUCUCUCUGCCUCCUAUCUUUCCUCUCUCUGCUUCUGUCCCCUUUACUUCCUUUCACUCUCACUGUCCUUGGCUGUAGCUAUAAGAAGUCGGGCUCUUCGUCAGACGAUUCAGACUAUGACAUCAGUCCUUGGCUCUCCUCUGCCCCCUCUCCCUCCAGCACCUCUCCCUCUCACCCCCACACACACGAGGCCUCGGCUCACACCACCCUCGUAGUGGGGAAAAGGUCGAUACAGCUGCAUGAUUGUGACGAUGAGGGAAUGUUUUAGAGCUUUCAGAUUUGAGCAGAGAAACAUAAUCGGCUCCUGUCGGGGCUGGAUGCCCGAUGAGCUGCUUUCUAACAAACUAAUGAUAAGAUACACCUGAAGGUUUCUGUAACACGCUUCAGAAAGUUUUGUGCUUCGCUGACCUUUGCAGAAAAAAAAGCUUUUUUCUAAGCAUAGUGCAAUUUUUUAUCACAGCUAAAAUUUAGCGUUUUAAAGCUACUCGCAUUGUAGUUUUAUUCUGCAGAAAAUCCAUAAAAGAAUUCGGAUUUGAUCAACGUCUGUUUGAAUCAAAUAUUAGAACUUUGGCUGCUUGAAGUUUCUCUUCCUCCUUUUCUUGCUCUUUGACCCGGUUCACCUGCAUGCACUCAUCAGCUCUCUGUCCUUUUCUCUCCUUCUGCCCACCCUGCAGUCCUCACAUCCAAGCACACUCUCCCCCACAGCUCCCCAAGAUACAGCCCCCUUUGUUACAGCCCCCUCCUCUGAUAUUCCCUCCAGUGGACCCCACUUCGGGGCCCAGACUGGUCAAAUGUGAGAGGUGGCCCUUGCUUGGGCGCCAAGACCCCCGAGAGCCCCCAGAUCCUGUUGAUUAUGACAGUAUCAUCCCAGAUUUGGAGAAUGAUGACAUGUUCACCAGGCGCACUCUGGCCUUCCAGUCCAACACAGACCUGGUGACGAUGAAGACGCAGCUGUCCGCCCACCGCCCGCUCUACACGUCUGAGCCGCAGCUCAACAUCAUCACCCAGCGCCACACUAACAUCAGCACAGAGGAGAGCGAUUUCCCCGAUAUCGAGCAGGAUGACGUGGUUCACCGCAGGGAGAAAACCCAGCAGGCUCAGGAGCAGCGGCCGCUCUCUGGAGCCCCUGACAACUACACCCCCAUGCCCAUCCCAGAGCCGUGGGCGCUGCCUCCUGAUCUCAAAGCCCGCCUCCUGUGCCCCCCAUGUCCUCUGACUAAGGAGACCACAGGGAGUAAACAGGUUGAGAAGGAGACACGCCCAAAAACAGAUGACAUGCUCAUCCGGAAACUUGGGGUUUGUUCUGAGCAGAGCACACUGAGAGGCUCGGCGGCCAAUCAGAUGACACCCUCGGUGCCUUCUUCCUGUAGCGAGGGCGACUUGCAGAAAUGGCAGGCUAUCCGAGAAGCCAGUCGGCUUAGAUAUAAGAAGAAGCUUUUAGUGGAGAGGCUCUCUGCUCUGAAGUCAUAAAAAUGGAUUGCUCUAUCUGUUCCUGUAGUUUCUACUCACACUGCAGCCUUUUUUUUUUUCAUUUUUCUGGCGAGGGAUUUUGUUGUUUUCAGUCAGUUUUGGUCUUGAAAUGUUUUCUGUCUGAUAAUGAAGCGGUCUAAAAUGCAUGUUGACCCAACUUGUAUAUGAUAGCUUUGAAGACUGAUGGGAGUUUGAUUCAAUUAUGCUCUUAUUUAUGAAAACUUCAAGGUGCCUUCAGCAUUUGCGAAAAACCAGAUUUUCAACACAGACUGCAAUCAAAGGAGCAGCAAGACCUUUACAUUGGACCUUCAUUUGUAUUAAAUUCAGGACGAGUCUUGUUCCAGAAAAAAAUAACAAAUGAAUAAACAUCGUUAACAGGCCAAUUUGGCUAAUUUUACAUCUGCAACACAUGAAACGGAGAUGCUCUGAAGCUGCUGGUACCAUAUUCUGAAGUGUGAUUAUUUUGCACAACACAACACACCUCCUUUAUCUGAAAACAAAUAUGAAGGUUUGUCUUGAGCACUGUUAAACAGACCCAUAUCCUGCAUUUCAUCUUCAGUUUUGUUUCCCUUUUAGACCCAGUUCACCUGUGAAUGGACAAAAUACUCCAAUUUAAUAAAGAAAAUAAGAGACUUCAUGACCUUGUGAUUUAAUCUACCGCAGCACUGGCCAUUUGUUGACCUGGCAUUAUACCUCCACUUACGCGUAUCUGACCACAGUACAAUGUUGUUUUCCUCCACAGAAGACCUUCACACUGACAUGUAAAGCUCAAAAGUUCAGUAGCAUACGAGUGUGAAAAGGUUCAAGCCUGAGUAAUAUCCAAAUAUAACGUCUUGAACACACUGACAGCACUGAGCAGGGUAAUUAGAUGUAGUCAUGUCUUCUGUGGGCCCAUGAAAGCUUAAAGAAAUUCCUCACUGCUCUGAAAGACUUGUGGACUCCAUAGCUUCUCUAAACACAAAACUGCACCAGAGUGUUUGCGCACAAGUAGUCGCACAAAGCAACCAUAUAACCUGAGUCAAUGCCAUCUGGAUUUACUUCAAGUCCACAUGUAAAGCCAUGUUUCCACUGACAUCAUGUCGGAGUCUCCAGAAUGGCUGCAUUGUCUGAAGGAAGAUACAAGUCUGCACACCUUCCCCUGCUUUAUGUCAGGGAAAGGAAAGCUGAUACUGCCGACUAUAUAACAUAAAACCCUCUAUAUGUACACAUCUUAAAGGGUAACUCAGGUAUUCUUCAACUUUGACCUUGUUUUAUUAUGAUUUCUUAAGGGCUUCUUAAAAUACAAAGUUGUGUGUUGUGCCUUGGCCACUGGCUGCAUUGGCUGCAAGAUAAUAGUGCGUCAAAGAGCUUGUUUCUGCCACGUACUGGUAAAGAUUGUUCCUGUUAGCGUUCAACAACAUUACAAAUAAGAUUUACACAGAGACAGGCCUUUCUGUUGGACAGUAAUUCCGUUUUCUUGAACUAGACACAGCAGAAGACCAGAAACUUCCAUAUUCUGUAGAGAAAAAAAUGACUUUAUGUCAAUUAAGUAUUGUGGCGACACAGAAAGCGUGAAGCUAAACACUGUUCCUGGGCAAAGUUAUAACACUCAGGGGCGUGUCCAGGUUUUUCUGACUGGGGUGGACCUAUAUUGGAGCUCUGACAUAGGUAGGGGUGGUCAGAUUAUAGUUGGGCAAGUACAAUAGCAUUUACUUAUAUGAUACAGUUUUCAUUUUACUUUUUUGUUUUUUAAAGCACAACAGAGUAAAAAUGUGUCAAUUUUAAGCAUGCCAAAAAAAGUCUAAAGUCUUAAGAUAGUGAAAAAUGCCCAAAAUAGUGGAUUUAGGAAUAAGUCCCCAAUCAUAGUUUACGAUUUGAAAGUAAAACCUGGGGUGGCCAAUUUCAGUUUCACUAAGUAGGUAAUUAUAUGUUAUUCUGACUCUUAGAAUAACAACCUGAGCCUAUAAGUAGCUAAAAACAAGCUUUUUUACUGGACGUACUUCAACCGGACACUGUUGUUGGACUACACUGCAGCCUUUGAAGCGGGUCUGCCAGCUGAUACAUGAAACACUUCAAAAAUGUUUGUAUCUACAAGCAAUUUAGAUCCCAAAUUAAAUGUAAGAAAAUACGGGUUGAAACGCGGCAGAAUACGUCUUAAACCCCUAAAAUCAGCAGAGUCAUGUUAGAGCUGGAUUUACUUACAUUACUAUUUGAACUUGGGUUUGAACUCUCUAAGGGUCACUAACUUGCCUCCAGCUCUUGACCAGACACCUCCAGACUCUCUCAAAGCCUCAUGAGCCGGAAAGUGACUUUGUUGUGUGUGUGUGUGUUUGUGUGUGUGUGUCUGUGUGUGUGUGGUUCUCUCUGGUUUCCUAGACAGGAGCAAAUGCAAGACAGUAUCGAAGGGUGAGUUGAUACGGGCUCCCAGGAAUGUGGCACGUUUACAUUCGCUCUGGCCUCUUACAGUCGCACCUCGCUGAAACCCUCCCCUGCUUUUGUGCUGCUGGUCUCACUCUCUAGCUGCUAAAUGCUGACACACAACACUGUGUAUUGUACGGCGCAGGGCCAAGUUCAUGUGGUGGAGGGAGGGAGGGGUUCAUUGCUCCACAUCACAAAGCUCUAUUGACAAAGCAACAAAGUGAAAAGAUGCAGACAGUUGCAAUACACUGGGUCAUCUACCAUUAUUGUACCGUAUCCCAGUGACAGUAAUGACUGAGUACUGGCCUUAGCACCUUGUUAGAAAUAUGACACAGGUGUAAAUUUUGACAGGUAAGUGACAACAAACAAGGCAUUUUUCUGUCAGUCUGUCAGGUUUUAAUAACUUCUGCAUGACGGGAAAGGCUGGUUUACAUGUUACUAACGGACUGAGCUUUAUCACCUAACAGUGGUUUCAACUGUUUGCUGUGUUUGGACACUAACUCUUAAAUGUCUAAUCCGUUUCAUUUCCAGCAACAGGGGUUACAAGGUGGAGUUUAUUCUGACUUUUUGGAUUUUUAACGUGUUUUUCUCACAGUGGUAAAAGUUGGUGCAUGCUUGAUGUGGAUACAAUUUGUCUAAGUUUUAUUUUUUUUAUCUUGAGUAAAGCUGGAAAGUUAGCAGACUAACCCCCCCCCCUUUCUUUCCACAGGAGUAAAUCAACAAGUGAUAUACUCGCUGACCCUUCAGUCGUCCGGCAGGCUCGUUUCGAGGAGCUGCAAAAGUAUCGCGAGCAGAUAAAAGAGAGUGAAGAUAAAUGGCAGGAUGUGAGUAUUGCGUACAAACACCGCAGAUAUCAAAGUUGAGUUCCCACAUCCAAAGCCAAAAAGUGAGAACAUGAUCUAUAGGAUCUCUGCUGCAGGCAGGAGAGCAGGUGUUACGGCGCAGUUUGUGUUUGAGGGGUGAAAACUGAGCUGUUUAGAUAGGAGCCAGAGACCGAGGCAGACAGUGAUUGGUGCAGCACUGCCCUCUGGCUAUUGACUGUCCUCAUUUCCUGAUCACACUGUUUAUGACCAGAAACACGACAAUCUGUUAAUACUAAUAAUACAUGUCAAACAGAGUGAAGAUGUUGCCGAGAAGGAUGUAAGACAGAGAGUGUAGAGUAGAGAGAAGAUGGCACGUGAACGGGACAUGGGGUUUGAAGUUAUUCCUGGACAAUAAUUCAGGUCAUGCCCCAGUUUGAAACAAAAUUUAUCCAUAAAUAAUUGGAUUUUUGAACAUAAAGUGUAAGAAUGAUAAAACUCAUUGAUAUAAGUAUGGGUGUCUGGAGCAGUUUGUCAAGAGUGUGGUGGGAUCGUGGCAAAAUCUUGGAGUUUUAAAGCAGCAUUUGGGUCACACAGUCCUUGAUACACAGGGGAGGUGAGCCAGGAGGAGCCUAAAGCACACAAAUAGAACACCUUCAAAUGAAGCUCUUUUCCUUUUUUUACUCUUCUUCACAACUUCACUCCCCUCAGCCGUACAAAUAGCCAUGUAAAAAAGCCAGAUUGUCAUAUAGAUUAAAGUAGUAAAUCGUUAUGAAAUAUCACAUGAGGUAACGUGAUUUAACUUUUGCUGCAGGACCUGAGCAAAUGGAAGAGCCGGCGCAGGAGUGUCAACUCUGAUAUCGUGAAGAAGAAGGAGGAGAGGGAGAAGUUUGAGCAGUCCACCGGCAGCAACAGCAACAGAAGGUCCAAGACCUUCAAGGAGAUGCAAGAGGAGAGGUAAGAGAAAACACAGCUGGUCAGAAUUUUUUCUUGCUCUUUGUGGUGUUUGUUUUUGUUUAAUGAUCCUGAAACACAGACUGAAAAUCAUUCCUUUGUUAUGCCUCUUAAACCCUCGGAGGGGGAUCAGUUCCUAAGGUAAAAAAAAAGAGUCAAGUGUAUUUGCUGCAGAGUUAUUUGUGAGUGAGGACUUGAGUCAGUGUGAAAGUGUAAUCUAAUCGUGCCUUACAACCUGCAUCCUUUUUUUUUUUUUGCCCUACCUCUCCCCACCCCUCUCUUUUCAACCUGCUCUCCUUUCUGUGAUCACUCCCUGUCCUGUCACUUAUCCCUUUCAUCUCUCUAAAUUGUCCUCUUUUCAAUGUUUGUCUUUAAUUUUCCCGUCACUGUCCACUUUUACUUCUCUAUCCCGCCUCUUUUCUCCUCUCCUGUCCGAUCCGCAGAGAAAAUAAAGGAAACAGCGUUGGCAGCCGUCUCAGAUCUCUCUCUUACCUGGACGACGAGGACGUGUUUGAGAAACCUGUCACAUCCCCUCGUACUCGAACCCUUCCCGCCCGGAGCUACACUAUUGACACUCCUUUAUAUUCUUCAGAGCCUUCUCUAAAAGAGGAAGAGCCCCCUGCUGCCUUCCCAGCUAUAGGCAGGGCUGAUUCACCCCCGACCUCACGGGCAAUUGACAUUGUGGACAGUCCUGCAGGCAGCGACUCCACCACUACAACCAUCUACAGUACUUCGGUAUCCAGCAUCACUCCCAGCGCUGUGCACCGCUCCCCCUCUCCAGCAGCUGCACCUCCACGGAAGAGCGCGGUCACAGAGUUUACCAGCACAGUCAAAACAGAGGACACCACAACUGUUCUACCCUCGUCUCGCUCCACGCCAAAGGUGCCAGAGCCAAGGCGCCCAUUGUUGGUCCCACAAACCGCAGUGGAGGCUCCUUCCUCUGGUUCUCUGUACAAACGACAACCACAGAUCAGCUCAAUGGAACCCAAGCCUCCCGGGGCGUCUCGAGUUUCCGCCUCCCUCCCCAGGAGCUACCAGAGAUCGGAUAGCGCACGUAUAACCUCAGUUGUCACACCGAGGCCCUUUGGGACCCAGUCGUCCCGCAUCACCUCGCUUCCCCGCGCACACACAGUGAGUACAGCAUAUUUUUUAAGGCUAAUUACAAACUAGCAGAGCAGGAAAGGGGCGUGAAAAUGUAAAUGUAGAGGACAGGAGGAGGCUGUUUGUUUGAUAAUUAAAAAAAAAUCUUUAGUUUGUUAUUCAGGUACAGUUUCUGUUUUUGGUGCAUCAGUUAUUCCUCAAGAGUCCGAUCUGAUUACUGUAUAAAUAAAUAAUGCAUGGGGUUAGUGUUUUUACAAUGCCAAAACAACAGGCAGAGCUGCCUUUCAGCCUCACAUUCAUUACUGAUACAGUACACAGAGUGCCAGUCAUCAAAAGUUUGUGAACUCUUCAACCAGCCAUGAGCUGAUUUCCCUCUAUUUUAAGGUUCUUGAUUGAUACAAAUCAUUUGUUUUUAUAUUGAAAUCUCCGCAUGAUUUAAAUUCAGUAACAUUUUCCCAUGCCCUUCACUCAAAUUCUGCACACCUUCACUUUUUACUUUCAUCUUCUUCAGAUGGAUGAACCCCAAAAGCGUGUUAAUGGGGACGUCGAUGUUUCCAAAAAGUCAUCAGUACCAAGCCGCUAUCACCAAUUCAUGACCUCUGAGGACGAGAAUCAGUCCCAGUCCAGCUCGGCCCACAGCAGUGAAGACGAAGAGGAGGAGGAAGAGGAAAUGAAGUCAGCACCCAAGAGCAUCACCUCUAUUCAGAGUGUCUCACCUGACCCUCCUCGGGUCAAAAGUGUCUCACCUGUCGCUCCUCCGGUCAGAAGUGUUUCACCUGUCGCUCCUCCAUUCAAGAGUGAGGCUCCUGUCAGUCCUGCUGCAGCCAAAGAAUCCAGUCAGGUACUCGAGUUCGCCUUUGUUGACAAAACAGAUCAGCUUGAACACUGAAGCAAUUCAAAAAUGAUUCAUAGUUUGGCAUGAAUGUUGUCUGAAUCAGUUGAAUUGAAAACUGCAACAAGUUGGCAUAUUGUGAGCUGUUACAAAGGAUUAAUCCAAGACUUUUCUGAAACAUCACACAUUUCUGCAACUAAAGUUUGCAAGUGGCCCGCUCUCAUUGUUCCCCUCGCACUUGUCCUGUUGUGUUGUUUCCAGGAGAACUACUGUGAGAUGCGGAUUAGCCUGAACCAGAAGCCAAACAGCAGCAGAGACUUUGGCUUCCAGACAGCCUGGGACUCCACAGGAGCGCGCGUCACGUCCGUUCAGCCAGGUAACAAGAAAAACCUUCAAACAAAAAGGGAUUUGAAUUGUUUGGGUAGAGCUUUUACUCACUCUCCAGAACAAUCUUUGCUGGUCACUUUGAGCUGAAACAUCCCCCAACUGUUCAACCCAGUGGAAAAAAAGAUCAGUCAGGCUUUGGUUGUAUCUCCCUUUCUGUGAAGGUGACUGAUUUAAUUCAUAGGAAAUAUCAGAGGCAGCGCUCAGGCUGUGAUAUAUUUUCAGCCGGGCUCUGCUGGUGAGUCGUCAGCAGCUUUUGGGUCCAUUGCAGUGGCAGUGCCAGACCUAUGUAGGGCAGCAUCUAUCUGGGUCACAUCUUCUGGGUCUGAGCCUCUCUUUCUGCUCAGGUUUUCCCACCUUCACUGUGACUCAUAUAAACUCCAUAAACACCUCUCACUCCAAUAUAUUAACUCUAGAUUUGUCACGCCACUUUUGAGCUAAAGGGGACUUUGCCAAGAUUGUGUUUGCUCUAAUCAUCCUACAUAUCAUAUUUUUGAGGUCCACACUGUUUUGUCGUUUUUUUAUCUCUAAGAACAAACAUGAAUCUUCACUCCAGUUUACGUCUUACAUCCAGUGCCAAAAAAAUUGUUGAGGCUACAUUUCUGUUCAUGUGAUAUUAUGGUGAUAUAGAGUUUAUGCAUGCAUUUUCAUCUUUGCUCUAAUUUGCUCCUCUUCACUGGACCCUGAGUUCUGACAGACCUGGAGUAAACUGCCCUUUAACCAUCAAAAAGAGACACAUUCAUAUUUACAAGUAUUAGAAAGGAUGUGGUUGCAGAGGUGUGCAUAUUUUUUUCUUAUCCCUAGAUGUGUAACCGAACAGAUGUUUUAGAUCAGAUCUGCAGAUUUUCAACUGCAGAUCUUCGGCAACAUUUGGAGUAAUAAUACCAAUCAAGAACAUAGAUAAUAAACAUGAGACAAAACAAAAAAAGCAAAGAGUAUUAAAUUUCAUAUUUUUCAUGUUUCAUCCUGAGAGUGACUUCAUGUUGUUUUGAGAUGUGUAUUUAUGUUUGCUCGCCGUUAUUAGGUACGUUCCUGCUGUCUCAGGCCUAGAGCUUUCUCAAACAAAUGUCCAUCCUGGUUAAAUCAGCUGAAUCCACCUGUUUUUUACAAGAAAAUUAACUCUUGUUGUGAUGACUAAUCUGUCCGCACAUCAGAACUGUUUACAUUCUGCGCUGCCAAUGAUGCAUCCUUUUGUCUCCUACAGGCAGCUCUGCUGAGAUGUGCCAGCUCCAGGUGGGAGACGAGAUCCUGACCGUGAAUCAACACCAGGUGGCAGACAUGAGCUACAGAAACUGGAUGUCCUGCAUGGAGGAGGCUCUGCAGGAGGGCAGUCUGGUCAUGGAUAUACGCCGUCAUGGCAAGAACAGUGAGUCAUCUCAAGGAUGUGUGUCUACAUGUAUGUGUCGGUGUGUGUGCGUGCGUGUGUUUGCAUGGGUGUGGAAAAUUGAAUUGAACCACUUUAAGGGUUGCAUUCCUGGACUGACAGCGCUGCUUACGCUGCCUGCGUCGCUAAACAGUUUUGACACUUUAAAUUGGUCCGUAAACUGUUGUGAAAUCAUCCAUGAAUGAUCCCAUGACAGCUGAGAAAGGACCUGAAGCUUUUUUUCUCUCAUCUUACAAGAGGAGACUGUAUUUUGUUGACCUGAGUGGGUUUUCAUUUCUCCUUUUUUCUUUUGUACAUACUUUGAUUUUGUUUUUUCAUUUCUUUUUUGUUUCUGCUGUGUUUUUCUUCAUUUACCCGCCUUUGCUGUCUGGUCAGCAUUUCUCUCUGGUGUUUUCCUUGUGGAGAACUAACCCAGCUCAGGUCCCUGGCCUUGUGAGUGUGCUGUUUUUACAGUGAUAGUAUAACAGGCUUAUUUAUUCCAACCACGUCGGUGUCACCUUACCUCCCCAAAAACAAUAAACCAGCCAGAGUAGCUCACUCAAACUAACACACGAUACUUUUUGAAGUAGCGUAGUGAAGCCCUGUGUGUUGGUGAGCCUGUUAGAAACACUGUGUGGGUUUUAUGAAAGCUUUAAUAGGCUGCAUGGCUGGGGAAGGUGUUUCUCUGUCACCCCCUGCUGCUCUCUAUAACAACACCAUAACAGCUACCUUGUCCCUGCUUCAUAGUGGUCUUUAGGUAAAAGGAAAACACUCAUGUGAAAAGCUGAGUUUCAUCAAAGACUGUAUAUAAGAAGUGGACAAAGCUACCGGCAUUGGAAAGUGGAUUCUCACACCUGCAUCCUGUUUGAUGGCCUGCUAGAAAAUCACAAAAAUAAAUCCAGAUGAUAGAUUAUAAAAAUAUGAAUGUUUUUCUACUGACUUCACCUAUUCGUGCACAACUCUUGCCCUUAUUACAAUAAAAACUUGAAUAAAAAGUAUUCAUUUUUCAGGAACAGAUUUUGCAAACAGACAGAAAGUUGACCCUGCUUUUAAUUUGAUUUAUGUCUUACAUUAAAAGUUUUUAUCUAUUUUUUUCUGAGUUGUUGUUCUCCAUGCUUGUUUACAAUUCUCCUCUAUACAGGAUGAUGUUUACAAUGAAAUUGUCACUCACAUAGGGUAGGUCUGCCUCGAUUAAAAAGUUGUUCCCUCUUCAACAAUCUGAUCUUCAAAUAUGACCACAAAAACAAGAUGCUUGAACUCGGCCAAACUUGACUCUUCAAAUCAGGCGUUUACUGACCUGUGGGUGAAGUCUUUGUCAGGAUGACCUCUUCCUCCUUUUUUGGCCCCUAUUUGAGAAGACAGGACAGUGGGUAGAGCAGAAAAAGAAAAAGUUGAACCCAGGCCACCUGCAUUUGUGGGGUUCAAAUUGACUACUAGGCCAGCAGCACUCCACUUCUUAAUACAGUCUUAGACAAACACAACAAAUACUAGUACACAUACAUUCACAGAAGAAAAUGUUGUUCAGAGUGCCUACAUCUAUUCUUUACCAUUGCAUUGACUGCGCGCAGACUGGGACAGAGAUCAGCCUUCCCUGCCAUUUAAAAGCCAUAAGACCAUCAAUCUGACCAGUUCGGAUCAUCCAAUACUUCUAGGUUCCCCUGACACAAACAUUGUCAACCCCAGCCUGGAUUUCACCUCUCGCAUUUCCCCGGAAAAGCUGUCAUCCAAAGAGACCCCCGUCCACUCGGUCAUCGUAAGUAACCCCGAAUAGCUCAGACCUGAUGAAGUUUUUUAAUCCUGUAUUGUUUCUUCUCGCUAAUGAGCCUAAACCCUGCUGUGUGUCCCCGCAGGAUGUGGCUUCAAACGGAGUUAAUGGAGGUUUUCGCGAGGCAUCGGUGACCAUGAGGAACAAAGGUAAAGAGCAGAGCACACAGCCAGAAAGGUUAUGAAAUUGAUCCCUGUGACUAUUUCUGCACCGAAUACAAAACUGCGCAGCCAGUGGGGAACUUGUUGUGGGCUUAGCAGUGGGAAGAAAUCUGUGCAGACACUGGAUUGUUGUGGGUAAUGUUAAAGCAUUUUAUCCAAAAAACAAAACUUCUCCACAGAAAUAAGACAAAAACCGACUAGUUGUGUUUAUUCUACUGUUUGUGUCUACUAGUGUGUUCCUUUAUUACAGUGAGAUGUGGUUUAAUAAUCAUAUGAUAUUUGCUUUUCAAGCCUACCUACAGAAGAAAGACGAAAAAGUUCAAUAUUAAAUCUUAAGGAGUAUUUACUGUUUAGUGAUUCGUGUAUUAAUGAGAGUGGUUUGUAUCCUGGUGAAACUUGUUUUAUCCUCCUGUACUGUGCCUCAUUCUUUCCUGUUUUCUAUCCCUCAUGUAGAGUCAGAACCCAUAUCUUUGAAAAACUUAAAACGGAGGUCAGAGUUUUUUGAACAAGGUAAAAAAAUAAAAUAAAACAGAAUGACUCUUAGAAAUUAGUUGACCUCUGUGUAAUCUGGUGGCUGGGUCUUCUGUGCUUUCUGUCCCACUGAACUCCUCAGAUUCUUAAAGGGAGUUUUGCAUGUUUCUGAUCUGUCAAAGCGCUCAUGUCCAGUUGAUAAGUCAGUCAUAAUCGAUCGAUCCUGAGCUGUUAGAGCUGUGAUUCUGUCAUGGCUCUGUUCUGAGGGGCUGUUCUGUCUUCUGCUGUCUGAUGCUGGAGCUUAACUCUUAUGCUAUGCUCCUCCCUCCCUCCUUCCCUCCUUCAGGUGGUUCAGGGUCCAGUGUCAGUGCGCUGGUCUACCUCUGUGGUAAACAGGGUUGAUGUGCAGUGACCUCCUCACCUUUGCUUGGUACAGACCGGGGAUGCUGACAUGCUUUCCAUACCAAGAAAAUGUGAUGUUUUGAAACAAAUCAAAAAAUUGAUUAAUGUUAUAGUUGAAAAUUCGAAACAUGUUCAUUUGGCUGUGAAAAAAAAGAGACAAAAAUAUAUAGAAAAAAAAAAUCAAUAGAAAGAAUCGAGAGUCUGGAGAGCAUAUCAAAAUGUUGCCGGUGUACCAACCACAAACCACAAACCUGUGAAUCAUGUGGUGUUUGUGGUGUUCCUGAAUGGUGUGCAGGUUUAACUCAAGGUUACCCUUUUGACUUUGCUGUGCAUGAAGUCAAAAGCGCUCGUGUUGCUCUCUUGACGUGCAUGUAUUGAAGCGUGUGUGAACCUUUCAGAUUGGCUGCAUCGCAUUUGUGUGCAUCCCCCUGCAUGCUGCUGCUGAAAUGUGUGUUUUUCUUACCGUUGGUUUGAGCUUCUUGUCUCACAAUCAGUUUAUUGAUUUUUUUUUUUUCCAUUCAGAACUCUCAGACUGGCAUCCAAAGUAAAUGUCAGACAGUGGGUGCAUCUUGAAUUGAAAGAAUCGAUAUGUCCUAGUGGGUGAAAUUUGACCUUUACUUUAGACUUGUCUAAAACAUUAAUUACUGUUGAGCCAGUUACACUGAGAGAUGGUACGUGACUUUAAAAAGAAUGAAGAUAACUUUAAUAAGCCUGUCAACUUAACAUGGUUGACUUCUGUUCUGUUACACUGCUUAUCCCUGUGUUGACUAAUGACUGUCUGUUUUGAAGGUGGAUCAGAGGCUGUGAUGCCUGAUGUGAGUAGUACUGUUUCAGUUUUUUUUUAUGUAGCUUGAGUUUGUUUCUACGGAAACCACAGUUACUAUAAAGAUCAGACCUUUGAUAAACAAUCUCAGAUACGACCAUAGACUGUAUAUGAAAUGGACAGUGUCUGCCUUCUCGCUGGGUGAAGCCACUCCGAGAACAGCACCCUCUUGUGACGGGCUGCAGUAUAGGUUAUCAAUCCCGCCUCCGCCAGCAAAGCUUAUGUAGCUGUGGACAAAAUUUAUAAAUUUAUUACACAGAAAAUCAAAUUUUCUCCCCCCUGCUUGUGAUGUUGACAUGUAGUUACUGUAAGACUGGUUUGUUCUCAAGUCCUCUUUUUUCUGUACGGCUCCCUUUUUGAAAGUUAUCAGGGGGUUCAAGUUUUCUAUAAUUGACACUUGAUACAGCCUAUGGUACUUGAUCGCUCUCCUGGGGGAUAUGCUGUUUGAGCCGAGGGUCAUCACAGCAACUCUUGGCGACUCUCCCACUGAAAGUAUACAAUGCGUCUACGCAAUGUUGGUUUCAGGUAGUGGACAAAAAACGCAGAAAUACCAAGAGCUUUUCGGCUUCAAAUCCGUAUACUGGCAGAAGGCAGAACCAAGUUAUCCAUAGUAUAUACAGUCUAUGAUGAUUACAACCAAACUUCAAAUGCAGGUCCAUUCUGCCCUCUAAGACCUUUGUGGUUUCCUCAUUACUCCACAAUAAUGACUGCAGGGAGUCAAAUGUUUGUGUGUUUAGAAAAUAAAAGCAUCCAAGGGUCAAAGGAUCAUUUGUGGUCUGUUUUGCACAAAUUAUUGAGCACUCUGAGAUUUAAAAAGAUAUCCCAGACUCUCCAGAAAAAAAUAGACAAGCUGUUUGCAGGGUUUUAUCUGUCAGCUUGUGCAUUCACACCACACACCCUUAUGUGUCCUUCUGUAGAUUCCUGUUCCUGCCAUCACUCCAUCAUCCAGAUGGUCUUGGGACCCAGAAGAAGAGCGCAGAAGACAGGAGAAAUGGCAGAAGGAGCAGGAGCGCCUCCUACAGGUAUACACAGGCAUGCUUUGAACAGUUAAUGAGAUUGUCUUAAUGAAAAUUGAUCGAGGCAAAGAAAAUUGUUUCAGCAAUCGAUUCUUCGUCAUAAUUGUUACAAAUUAGUGGCAGGUGAGAGGUCUGGUUUAGAGGCGCUGUAAACGGUGCUCCUUGAUAUAGAAGAGAGAAUGAAGUACACAGCAGCGUGUACAAAACACACAUCAUAAAAAAAAUGGAAAAAAGUCUCAGAAAAAAAAGAUUUAUUGUGGGCUGUUAUAUUAGAGUGCUUCAGUUUUAAUUUGGUGUACCCAGUGAACUUGAAAAGCAAGUGUUAAAUCCAAUUAUAACACCAAAAACACUAAAAACACAACUGUCACAAUCUAUUUGAUCAGAAAUACCAAUUUGGAAAUCUGUUGCAUGCUCUGUCUGACAGCGAGACGAGCCGCUGAGAGCUCGAAAUGAAAGGUUAGGGACUCCUCACAGUCAGACUCCCUCUAGGCUCCAAACAGAAACCUUAACAGAGCGCUCAGGCAGCCGAGAGUAAAGCAUCUGUCGAGAAUCCAACUAAGAUGUGGUCGAUUCCUGUCAAAACUGUUUUCUGAGGGUCUAUUUCUGGAUGGAGAUCAAAGGUGUCCAAGUAAAGUGCUGAUAGAGACGGGCAAGGCUCGUUACUCCUCCAGUGUUUCUCCCUGUUGAAUACGCGGCCUGAUUUUAUGAUGUGCUGCAGAGACUUCCAGCCCAGGGCGAGCUUCUCUUGGUUUAUCAGCUUUCACCGUGGUUAGAUAACAUGUAGCUUUGAAAAACCUGAAAUAAUACAGCUGUGGUGUCUGUUUAGUUUCUACUCUGCUUGUUUGUACAUCAUGGAUGAAAGAGUGGGGAGGAAUUUUGUACAUAAAUAACAUAGGUAGAAUGACCUUUGACUCCUCCCCCUGCGUCUCUCAAGCAGGACUUUUUAGUUUCCCCAAUUUUUUGCACAGUUUGGUAGCAAAAAUUAUCCUGUUCAAAGAUUUUAAGCUUUAUUUUUCAAAAUUUCUUUUUGAACGUGAAUCUUCACUCUGCAUUUUUAGCAAAGUAUGAUCACCCAACGCACCCUCUUCAAAGACAUGAGCUCUUUUCAGUCUUCAUGUGUGUGACUGUGCACGUAUCUCAUCACCUGGGGUAACCUUUGCCUUCCUCCCUGCUUCUAUUUUUACAGGAGAAAUAUAAACGCGACCAGGAGAAACUGCAGGAGGAGUGGGAAAGAGCCCAGGAGGAGAUUUCAAAGAGCAGAGGACAGCUCCAGGUAAUAAAAGCAGAUAGUAGCUGCAGAGAUUACUGCCUAAUGUCUGGGGCAGUAUGAGAGUUCUCACAGGCAGUGAUAAGUUCAGGCUCGAGGCAAUAAAUGGUCUAAAAUUCACUCAUGAUUGCUGUAAUCACAGCAUGCAGGAAAGUGUUGGUAUUUCUGGCCUUGAAAGGCAUUUUUUGGCUCAAGAGGUAGUGAAAGAGAGAACAAAGCAAUAGUUGUCAUGUGGCUAUCCUCACAGACAGUUUUGUGGUUUUGCAAUAAAAAAAAAACUUCUGUAAUCUCAGGGAAUGUCAGAAGUUGCUCCAUGUUUGUUGCACUUCCUCCUGUAGAUGAAAAAAGGUCAGACUGCUGUCAUGUGUCCAUGUGUCCAACUCUUCCUCUUUUUCUGGCCUUUCUUUCCCUCAGCAGCCGGAGGUGAACAGCCGCAGCCUCAGCCCACACCCUCCAGCCAGCCAUGCGAUCUCUCCUCCGUGGGAAGAGGAAGAGAGAAAGAGGAAGGAGGAACAGGAGCGCCAGAGGCAGGCAGAGGAGAGGAGGAAGAGGGAAGAGGAGGAGCUGGAGCUACAGCGCCUGCAGGAAGAGAGGAUGAGGAGAGAGAGAGAGGCAGAGGAGGAGAGGAAGAGGAGAGAGGAGGAGCUGAGAGAGCAGAGGAGAAGAGAGGAGGAGAGGGAGGAGGAGCGGAGGCGGCAGGAAGCUUUGGAACAGCAGCGCAGAGAGAGGGAGAGGGAGAGAGAGAGGGCCUUAGAGCUGCAGCAGCAGCAGCAGCAGCAGCAAUGGUCAGUGGAAAUGCUGCUCCUACUCUCACCUCACUUCACCCACAUGACUCUUCAUCCGUCUUUCAUGAUGAAAAUAACACAUUCAAGUUUCACUUAGAACCUGCUUUACUGUGUGCGCAUGAACAUAAGUGCAGCUAACAUCUUUAUGUGCUUUUUGUCUUAACCCUCGUCCCAUUUCUCUCUAACCAUCUUCACUGAAGGGCUGCUGGCUCCCAUGACUUUGUCCGUCCUGCACUGUCCUUUGCAGACAGGUCAGUACAGGAGGUCAGACUGCCUCGAAACUCACACUUGAGUUAUAAUGCUUCUCCUCCCCUCUGCAGAGAACUAAUAUAAAUGCAGUUUUUGCACUUAUCCAACCUCUUCUGACUUCACAUGUUUAAACCCAACAUAUAUCCAAUUUUUGCCGUACUGUGAUUAGUCACAGGAUUUUUUUUUUCAACGUCCUCUGCUUCGGCACUAACAAGCACUGCACUACAUUAAUAAACAAUACAUGGUUUAUAUCAUAUUAUAGUGCAAUUUUUGCUAAUUUAAGGGCAAAUGCACCAAGGGAGUUUCAUUUGAAGAAACCAGCUUGAAUUUCAGAAAUACGUGGUGAAAAUCCAUCGUAUGCUCACUCACAAAAGUUUAGUGAAAAAAAUGCAAAAAAUGGCACAAUUGCACUAACAGCUGAAAACAAAUUGUAUAAACAAGGCUCAGCCAAACAAAGAAAAACUUCGAGGAAAGAGGUUGAACAAAUAAAUAAUGCAGAUCUCAUCAUCCCAAGCUGAAGUGCUAAAUUUAUGACCUGCUUCUCCAAAACAAAUUCUUUAUGGUAUUUUCUUAUACUAGUUUCUUAAUUGCUCAUAAGCCUUUGUUUUUGGUCAUAUGUUGUGUUCAAACUGUAAUGCAGUUGGCUCUUUGAUAAUGUCAGAUGCCUGUAUGCUUUAAUGCUCUACUGCCCAGAUGUAAACAAGCACAGAUGAUAGAUGGCAUCUUGGAGUGGAGCGCAGUUUUGUAGUAUUUCGAUUUAAAAGUUUAGAUAAAUUUGUUUCUGGUCAAACUAACAAAGAACCACAAGACUGGAGUAAUGUGUAGCGAGCAAAAGUGGACGUUAACUUACAAGGAUGACUGAAGGCUGGUGGCCUUUGCACUGCUUAUGUUGUCCACACCCAAGAUUUGACUCUGUGAUCCAACUUUUAGCUUUGUGCUUAAAUUUGACUGUUUUCCAACCAUUUGACCUGUGUGUUGGUCAGACUUUCAACUUGCAUUCAAACAAUUAGAAAAUGAAUCUCUUCAGAGCAUCAGAAGUUGUAGUUCUUGAAAUUUGAAGCAGAAGUCUGAUUAAAUUAGUUUUUACUGAAUGCUCAUUGUAAACCAAAACAAAACUUUAUCUACUUCCAGCUUUGUUCUCAUAAUAUAACCUUACUUUGACUUUAUUCUUGUUCUAAUGUGAUUUUACUACAACUCUAUUUUGAGAAGGAAAUGACUGAAACAGACUUUGUCUAAAUCUAAUAUAAUUAUCCACCAUCUUUGAUUUCAUUGUUCAAUUCUUUGUGCCAGGAGAUAUCUAGACAGCACUUUUUUAAAAAUUAAAAACGUCCAAUAAAAGUGACUUCCAAAUAUGAAACCUGCCAAAUACAAACACCAUGUUAUAACAGACCAGGGCCCACGUACUGUACCUGUGCCUCCAGCGUUACACUCAUUUGUCUUCAUGUUUGUCUUUGACGCAGUGUUGUUGUUUUUUUUUUCAACACAUUUCCGAGCACAAACCAAAACUGGCACAUCUGAAGUGUACAGCUGAUGUGUCCAACUAUCCACUGCAUUGUUUCCUGCUGGUUCCAUUUGGACCAAAUCAUUCAAACAUUAUGUCUGUAUAUUAAAAGUGGAAGUCCUGCAGCUAGUGAGAUUGGCCUCCAGCAGAGACGCGAAUUACGAUGUGAUUUUUCUACAAUCAGCCGAGCAGUUUUGCACACCGUUUGAUGGUGAUAACAGAUAAUAAAAAAAGCUGCACUCUGCAGCCAUUAAAGGGCCACUUUAGCAUGAUUACUUUAAUUAUUCAGGGUUAUUUUGACAAGAAUUUGUUAUGUUUUGCAGGGCAAAAUCAAAAUCGUCUUCCCAGCUUGAUGAGGAGGAGAGACUCCAGAGAAGAGGUCAGAUUUCUUAUUUUAUCUUUGUAUUUCUCAUAAACUUUACCUCAAAGAAACAGGUGAUGGAUUGGAAGACUGCCUGGAAAUAUAAAAGCAACACAAAUCCAGAUUUUAUAAUAUUGGUGUGUGUUUCAUAACUGACUUCACGUUGGAUCAUUGCUGCACACAUGUGGGCUGUGCUCUGCUGUAGGUGUUCAUGCGCCACUGGGGGGCAUGGCUCAACGGCUGCUGGAGGAGCAGUUCAGGAGCUUGCAGGACGUACAGGCCCAGAUUGAUCAGGCUACUUCAGAGCUGGAACUGGAGAGGAGAUACAUCCUCAAUGCCAUGAGAUACAGAGAGCCUGAGAGAGGUUGGCGCGGCCCCUGAAAUCUAAAAUCUCCGCCUCUCAGUUCAAUCUGAAACCAAAUCGAUCCCCUUUUGGUAGAUUUACAGACGAAUAAUUGAUCGGCAAAUCAAUCAGUCAGCCAACAAGAAAAUGAGAAUCAGAAAAAAAUGAUGAAUUCAUUGAUUACAGAGCAAAUUUAAACAGGUUGAUACAGUUUUCUCUUGUGAUUAUAUCCUACCAUGAAUUAUGAUGAAAUGCAACUGAAACAAAUAUAUCACAAAUUCAUUUUCUCUACUCAACAUUAUCUUUUUGAAAGCUUUAAUUUUAUUUGCUGUCUUGUGGACCCGAAAACAGCAAAUAAAACAAAAAUUCCAAUAAAAAUCAUGUUUAUACAUUUCUCAACAUCCACAAUAUCCACAUUUUUGUCCAAUUUUUUAGACUCUCUGCCAGAGGAGAUCUACCUCUGACUUGACAGAGACAUCCCGUCAUUUCAGCUAUCAUAAUGUCUUUUAUCUGUCCUCCCUGGGUGCAGUGACAGGAAGUGGAGCACUAGACAGGAAGGGUCAGCAGCCCUCAUCGCAGGCUGAGGCAGAGCGGCAGCAGAUCCUGAACGAGAUGAAGAAGAAGACUCCACUGCUGACUGACGGCAGCUGGAUUCGCCAGCGUGCCUCUGAGCCCCCUGCCAAUAGAGACCCCGAUAUGCCGCCUAUGCGCAGGUAGAGUAAAACAUUCUGUUGUGUGAUGGUGGUGGUUGGAUUUUUACACCCACUAAUCUUCGCUAAAUUGAAAACAUUUAGACGUCUGGCUACCUCUCUGAUUCUGCCUUGGUGGAUUUGUUCAAAGUUUUACUAAAAUUUGAACAAUAAUAAAAAAAACCCUCAGAGUUAAGUGGUAGCCAGACAGCCUCUACUAACGGGCUAACGUGGGUGUGGCGUGGGUUGGCUUUGCAGGGGCGAGUCGCUUGACAACUUGGACUCCUCCUAUAACUCCUGGCGAUCAUCGUGGACUCCAAGAAGCAGCUCAUCCAUCCCAAACUACACCCGCCCCAACUCCGCCCUCUCUGGAAGCACUAACUUUAAUCAGGGCUGGUCAGGGGCCCAGAGGCCCCUCUCCUCCACUUUGCCCUCCUCCUACUCCAUGGGCUCACUGCGAGGUGGGGCAGGAACCCCCUCAGCCCCUUGGUCCCGACAGUCCAACUCCCCCUAUCUAUCCUCUCCAUCACCCACCACUUCUCCAGAGCCCACAUCCGAGGGUGGCGCCCUUCAGCAGAAGAGCAGGUAAUGUCAACACUGCUGCUUUGCCUAAUCCCCCCUAACCAGCUGCCUCUAACCUCUCCAUGGUAUACUGGGUUUCAUAGUCGUGUUUAAGGUGGGGUUAAAACCAUAGUUUUGGAUGGGGACUGGUGGUAGAUUAAGAUUAAGUUAUAGUCCUCUGUUAAACGUACUGUCCUUUCCUGAUGAAUAUGGCAUUAUUUUCACAUCUGUUCAUCCUUUAUUCACACUCAGCAGGUACCUGUUAAUGUAAACAGUAUUAUUCAACCAUUUCUACUCAUAUUUUCUCUGUUUAUUUUCACAUAUAGUAAAGUAUUGUUGAGUCUGUUUGUGUGUCGGGAGGCUUGACUGUAUUUAAAGAUUUGUUCAAGUUUUUUCAACCAAAUUUUUCUUGGUGUGAAGGUCGGUGGUAGGCUGGAAGGCAGGAGAUAUGAACUGUGAUCCCAGUUUAUGAUCAACUUACAAUAAAUAGACAAGAUGGGGGGAAAGCAAUCAAAUCAUAGAGAAGUACAAUCUCAAAUAAAUGAAAUUAAAAUGAUAAAUCAAAAGAUGAUCAUAAUGCUUUAUAGCAAUAAUCAUAAAACAUUGUAAAGCAUUUUAUCAUGACUUACAAGGUCAGGUAUUAUAAUGUGUUAUAAUUCUUAACAACAGUUGCAUUGCAUUAUCUAUGUGGGCAUUGUCAGUGAGAUGUUAACAGUUAUAACACAUGAUAUCUGUAAGUCAUGAUAAAAUGUUUUAUAAUGUGUUAUGAUUAUUGCUACAUAACAUUAUGAUAAUUUAUGAGUGUUUAUAACUCUAAUUAUACAGUGCUAUAAUGUAAUUAUAAGGCAUUAUAAAUAUACUUAUAAUGUGUUAUAGAGAUAGGCGUCAAGUAAAGUGCUACCGAAAUGGGACAUACAAGAAAUGAAGUUCAUAAAGGUGAAAGCAUGUAAAACAAGUCUGAGUUAUGAGAGUUUAAUAUGUAUAAUGCAGCAUUAUAUGACACUAUAAAGUAGGAUACAUUCAAAAUAGAAUAAAAAUUCAUAUUAUUAUUUCAGUAUCUAUUUAUCAUUAGUUAGUGCUUUCUCAUACUUUUCAAUUAAGGCUAGACAAACAGCUGAUACUGUCCAGGUGUUAAACCAUGUUGUAUACCUGUGGGAUAUUAGUUCUGUGUGUGUCUGUGUUUCUGCGUGUGUCUGUGUGUGUGUGUGUGCUUACACACAUGUCUCAUGCAUGUGUGCCUGACUCUAAAAUCACAGCUGUGCGUUCUGUAAUCCAGGUCAGUGAGUGGAAAGAAAAUCUGUACGUUCUGUGACACCCCGCUGGGAAAGGGAGCAGCCAUGAUCAUCGAGUCCCUCGGGCUCUGUUAUCAUUUGGGGUGUUUUAAGGUGAGAGCUGGGCUCCCGACAGGCCCUCCCCCCCAAGGAGCACUUCGUCAACACUCUGCAAGCGAUCCUUAAAAGCUAACCUGAUCACUUCCACCUUAUUUCUAUCUCUACUAACCUGGUCAAUCUGGAGGUCAUGAACGACCUGUUCAAAGAAGAUUUCCUGCACGUCAAACUUCUCAUCCUCUCACUUUGUUUCUCUCUAUGAACACAAGUCUGGUGGCUGAUCCUGGAGCUUUGGUUUUCACUGCACUUUCAGUCCAUGCAUCCUGCUAAUUUGUCUUUCUUUCUUCACUUCUCCCUUUCAGUUUUGUUCAAGGACUUUCUGUCUUUCCCCAGCCCUUUCGUCUUUGGACUUGGAUAUUCAAGUCGAGCCAUGUUUUUCUGAAACUCCUCUCUUUUCUCCUCAGUGCAUCGACUGUAAGUCAGAUCUCGGGGGAUCGGAGGCUGGGGCUGAAGUCAGAAUACGAAACAAACAGCUCUACUGUAACUCCUGCUACAUGCGAUUCAAAAGUGAGUGUGAAAUCAAUCCCAUCAAAGGGAUGAAGCGUCUGUUCCCCUUUUUCUUCAAGCGUAAUGUUUGUUUUCUUUCAGGUGGCCAGCCCACCGCCAUGUGAGAUGACCAUGCUGCAGCAGAUCGAUGAGGAAACUACUUGUGACAACAACCCAUGAACUUUAAAGCUGAACAUUGAAGCCAUUGUAAAACAGUUGGGACUCUUUGGUUUGGACCUACUUCCAUUUAAAAUUUGCAGAUGAGAAUUAUAUUUGUGCUUAUUCAGUGUGUGAUUGAGAGGGUGAGCUUGCAAAGACGUUAUUUACUUACCGUAUAUCAAAUUAAGUAUUACUGUUGUACAAAGUGUAAGCGUCCUGCAUGCACCAGAGAUUUAAUGUUUUAGCCACAAAAAUAGUAACACAUUAAAUUGUCUUCAGGAUUUCUGAGGCAGAUAUUAGCAUAUUGAGAGAGAGUUUUCUGGAGGGUCAUCUCUUCCUAUUCAUGAUUCUUUUUCGCUCCGUCUUGUGGAAUUUACACGUUUGUGCACCGAGGUCUUCUUAUCAUGGUCAUGUGCCUUUGUUGUUUGUAACAGGGAGAAGUUAUUGAGCUUAUUAGAGCUUUCUAAAUAUAUAUUUAAAACUGUCUGCUUGGAUAGCACUUGUCUUAAGGUUUCAGGAGAACUGUACACAUGAGCAGGUUUCUGAGUGAAGAAUAUAUCAUCCUGAAUGGCAUUGAACUUUAAACAUUUGUAAAUAAAACAACUAAACGCUCAACUCAGGUG